GCAACGGGAAGGAGACGGGGGGAGAAGGUGUGGUGAGGGGUGACAGUCUGACCGGACCAGAGCGAGAGCAGUAGCAGCAGCAGCACUAUUUCCACUCCUCACUGACUCUCAACAAACGCACCGUGUUGUACCUUGGGACACACUGAGAAAAACGAUGCACCACCACCGCCGCCGCUCUUCCUCACUGACGCUGCUGCCGCUGACCAGGUGUUGGACCACAGAACAGGGUCGUUAACGUGACACAGGAUCAAACUUGUCUGCAUGUUCAACCUCCCGGUCCCGAACAUAGACGACCGAGAAGAUGCUGAGCCGACUGAUGAGCAGCAGCAUCAGGAGUCUGGACAGGGAAUGCAACUGCACUGUGAGGCUGCUGGACGACUCGGAGUACACCUGCACGAUUCAGGUCAGUGGGGACCAGCGUGUCCCUUCUCUCACUUCACCUUGUUGUGGAGGACGUGGUCGUGACGCGUAUUUUGGUGGUCAUUAGGUUAUAACUUGUGUCUCUGCACCUCUACAAAUUGUGUUCACAGAUGACCAAUCUCUGUGUGAUCUGGUAGACUCUAUUUAGUGUCUCAAAAAUCUGACUGUCGCUGCGUGAUCACGGCCAGACGUCUGUCAUCAGUGGGCUGCAGAUGUUGCUUUCGUCAGAGACGUUACCUGUGUGUAUCAUCACUGCAUGAGUUGUGUGCAUUGCAUAGCAAAUUCAAGGAUUACUGGUUGGCACGUUUUUGAAUUCAAAGCUGAAGAUGGAAAAUAACAAAUUAAAACAAAAGCUCCAAGCUGUCAGCUGUUAUCAUUGGAGCAGCUUUAUACAUGCAUUGAUUUGAAUGAGUUAUGAAACAAAUCUGGAUAAUCUGAUCAUGAACGAUUUUGCAGAGGGCCAAGAGGGCAUCUCUGGGAAGGCAGAGGCGCGGUGGGUUUGGUCUAUAAUCAGGGAAGGCUUAAUGUUGUAGUGAUUCCUAUUAGUCCAUAGAGGGUGGGUAUAUCCUGCCAUCCUGUAACAAAGCCAAAGCCAUACCCUCAGUUUGCCCUUCAGACUGACCCUGUGGUCAAACCAUGAAGAGUCACAUUGUUUUCAUUUUUGAACCUCUGUUUUUAAAAAGGAUUUAUGAUCCACUCUGUGACAACGCAUGGCUGGAGACAUAUUAGAGUCUUCUGAUCACAUCAGUCUUAAAAUGCAAAGCUUUUGUAAUUGGUUGCUGAUUUUCAAGUCAGCACAGCACUGAAUUAGCUCUUGAGUCUCCAAGGACGCGUGCAAGCAAAGGCUUGAACACAGUGACACCUCCAGCUGACUACUUUUAAACUGUUGACACUUUUUACUGAAAAAUUGAACCAGAGAAAGGCUUUCAGUCAACUUGUGAGCUUCGGUAAUCUCAAGCUGGUCUCACAGAUCCUGAAGCAUCAAAGAAACUUGAGUUUUUAAAUGCAAAAAUAUACUGCAGGUGGUGUUUUUUUUAAAUCUUUUAAUAAGCCUUUUUGAUUUAUGUUUUUGGUGGGAAGAAAAUUCUGCAGGGACAUCUGUAAAAAGGUGAACACUAGCUUGAACACCUAAUGAAUCUUGACUUAAAAACAGCUGGGCACCAAGUAAGCAAGCUAACAGUUGCACAUCCUGAUUUAGAUGAUAACACCAUACACUGUGGCAUUUUCCCCUUGGGUUGUUCUUGUUCACCAUGUCAUACUGUGAGGCACAAACCACUGCAGGGAUGUCCUUCAGUCAUUACGUCACAGCCUCUUUCCCACUGUGCAGGUAAACAAACGCCAUGCUUACUGGUGGUACUCAGCAUUGUGGGAAGCCUGUGUUGUUGCCCUACUAUACCCUAACUGGUUUAGGUUGUUGUGUUUACGGAACAGCAGGAGUUGCCCUCUGCUUUUGUCUCAAGAUUAGUCACACUUUCACAAACAUAGUAGCAGGAAUUUUCAGGUCUCAUCUCCUAUCUAUUGCAGCAAAAUAGCUUUACAAGUAAACAGUGCAUCACAGUCACAAGAAAAAAAAAGAAAAACAUUGCAAGAUAAAGUAUUUGCAGGCAUGAGUGGAGCUGGAUUCAAUCUCAGUGCAAAAGUGAACUUCCACUCAUCCCUAAAAACCUUGAGUUCACAUCAGUCAUAUGUUCCCAUAUCUAGAAAACAUUUCAGUUUGAGCUAAACUGAAAUGUGAUAGGCACUCAUUUAUCCCUUGACCUUCUAUUUUCAGCAUUGUUACCAGUUUUAGUUACAGAAUAAAUGGAUUUCUUUGCCCCUGGUUAAAAAGGAAAUGAGAAAUCAUGUAUGAUAGCCACUAAAGGCAAGUUUUGGAGCGAAGUCUUUAAAGCUGACUGCCCUUUUUUGCUGUUUCUGCCCCUGAUCUGCUCUUUUGCAGCGUUACAGCACAGAGAGUCUUCUUGGCUUGUGAUUCCAAUCAUUGACUUUCAGAGAGCAGCUCUAAUCUGCUGUCAUAUCCAACAUUUAACUGAGCCAACUGUCUUUAGACCAUGAAGGUUUAAAGCAGUAUGACUAAAGGUCGAUGAGGAUUUCAUCUACCUGCUUUGGCUUUUUGAUUGAGUUUGGUUGAGAUCAGCAGCAGAAACAGAGUUAGACUACCAUGUUUAUUAUUUAAGACAGGCGAAGCAGUGCUAAAAAUGAAACCAAAGAUUCAUAUCUGUCCCUAAAUGUGUAACUUUUGUUAUAGCUCGAUGCUGAUAAUAGUAAUCUUCAAAGAAAAUUUUUAUUUUUUAUGAGUGGCUCAAGUGUCUGUGGUCUAAUACUAGGAGCUGCAUUAAGUGUUCACGUAUCCCAUGUUGUGGUUGUUUGUUUCCUCUGGAGCUUGACUCUGUCUUUCGUUUUUAUUUGUUGUUAAUCUAGAAGCAGAGUGGCAUUGAUUCUUCUGUGUGUUUCCUUCUGGGCCUUUGGUUUGUUGUGCCAACGGUGUGGAAAGCACUGAGGUAGAUUUUAUUGAUGAUGUACAUUCAAAUUUUCUAUUGUGUUGGGGAGGGUCUUUCUAAAUUUUUGGGUCCUGUGUAUCAGUACCCUGUAUUUAUCUGAAAGGUUCACCUGUAGAGUUUCUAUGUGCUCAGUAAAAAAAAAAGCAGUUGAUCAGUGGAAUGGUUAUUCCCUCAGUGAAAUCCUUGUAGACUGGUUAGAGAUAUUCUCUUAAUUUCUUGCACUUUGAGUUGUCUCAAAUAUCAAUUGUCAUAUUGACAUGAUUCAAGGUGAGAAGUCAGUAAACACUCUUUGUAAGUGCAAGGACCGAGAGCAGCUGAUUAGUGGCCCGUGCCCUCUUUUUAUCCAAGUGCGUAUGAGUGUGUGUGUGUGUGUGUGUGUGUGUGUGUGUGUGUGUGUGUGUGUGUGUGUGUGUGUGUGUGUGUGUGUGUGUGUGUGUGUGUGUGUGUGCACCCCUGUUACGUCUGCAUCAUUGAGAGUCUGACCUGGUCGCCUGAGCUGCUGGAGCUGCAUUUGAUGCUUGUUACUCAAAGGGAUUCCACUGCAGCUGAAUUACAGGUGACAGCACACAAAGACCAUCACCACCUGUUCAUUUCCAGGAUCUGACGGCAAAAGCAAAGCCUUUGUGUCUAACUGCUUGAAGUGGCAGUGCUUGGUAAACAAAUGAAAUGGUUAUUUUACUUCAGUCUAGGCGCUGUCUGUCACAGGAUAAUAACACCAACAAGCGGAAAGACAAGGAUGCUUUUUCAUAAAAUUUAAGACAUCUUAAUGGAUUUUUAAUACAAGAUGUGUGGGAGUACAGUCAAAUGGCAGUGGGUGUCCUUUUUAAGAUGAUUACAGUAUAAGAGAAGCGUUCUAAUGGACCUUAAUUUUCAGUUUUAUGUCAAACCAAACACUAAGUUUCUGCCCUCAGAGUUUCAGGUCUGCUUUUUGAUGAGUUGUGUUUGCAGUCUGCACUUGCUCCUCCUUGACUUAUGAGCUGCCUUUUUGCCCAGUCAUGAUCCAAAGCUGUCAAGAAAUGCUGACCCCACCCUCUCAGCAACUGGAAGCACACAGCAUUGACAGAUAUUUGAAUUCAUAGAGGAGCUUCUGUUGAGAGGGAAUAGCUUUCUGAUGGUAUAAUUUACUGCGAGAAAUAAUAAAACAUGCACAUUAUUUGACAGUAUGGGGCUCAUGAUAAAACACAUCUGGUCUGAAUGAAAACAUGAAUAGGAUCAUCAGCUUACAUGAACACCUAUUGUAUACAGGACAUUCAUAGGGGAGAGUUUAAUUAUGUCUUACUCAGUGUUUGUAAAGCUUAAUAAGCCCAGAUGAACAUGCCAUUUUUCAUGUUCCUGAAGGACCUUGUAAUGUCUUCGGUGGAGAAUGACGGCAUUGUUGGCUGAUUGAAAACGGGAGCAGAAAGCUGCUGUACUUUUCAGCAUGCCUUGGAGAUGUGGCCUAGAAUAAAGGGCCCUUGUGGGGCUUGACAACAGUCACACUCUCCAUUUAACUCAAUUAGCUUUCACCUUGAACUGCAGCUGUUGUGUUGAAGUCUCAUUUCAGACCUUCAUGAGUAAGGCUGGGCAUUGACAAGGACCUCACAGUACCAUACCAUAAUUUACUGAAAAGUACAGCUGACAGUGCAACUUGCGCUGCAAAUCUGUCAAGACUUUAACUAGAGUGUUUAAAUUGAUCAAACAUGGAGGUGUAACAAUAUCAUGCUCCUCCUACUUAGAUCUCACCGUAUGUAACCCUCUGACAGCAGCUUUGAAACAUGCAUAGAGAAACAGAGACAAAGCGUUUGAUAGUAGCAGCGUGAUAUCUCGCAUGCACAUGUACAUUCUACGGUUAUGCGACACACAGAUGCUGAGAGUUUUUGCAGAGUGGUCAGCUUCUGUACGUGUUCAAGUGAGAGGCUGCAUUAUAGUGAUUUCAGAUCGAUAUUAAUCUUAGAUUAAUACCCAACAGCGAGGAUGUGGUGACACCAGGAUGUGUCUCAGGUCAUUUAUCUGAUAUUGCACAUCUUCCAAUGCGACCAUUUCCCAUGUGAAGCUCAAAUCAUUCCGCCCAGUGAAUGGACAUCGUUUUAGACACAUAGUGGACUAGGCCAAAUGUUGGUAUUUACCGACUGGUGAAUUAGAAGAGUUAGUCUGUGUUAGUCUGCUGGUCUGACCAAGAGCAGAAGAAAGACACUCAGCCGACAGAAUAAAGAGCAGCUACUGUACAUACAAACAAAAUGUGACCAUGUGGAGAGUGGACAUGUUCGUUACUUCUUAAGAGUUGAACUUAUGUGAAAAAAUGUCAAAAACAAUAUCUGCUUUUUGUAAUUCAACUGUCUUGUUUUCAUCAGCAGGGCCAGCAUUCUCAACUGUUUUGAGAGAGUUAUCUAUGAACGGAAAUGAUUGGCAGUGUGAAAGUAGAGGGGAGAGGAUGAUCCAGAGGCAGAGAUAAAGCAGGUUUCUGACAUGGACAGACACGGGUUCAGAGGUUCAGGACCACUCAGUUAACUUGCUUCCACAGCUUCAUAAGACACCCACACCCUCUUCACUCAUGUGCCUGGAGCCUUUCUCUCAGAUGACACUGACGCUGAUUACUUCAUGACCCUGGAAGCAAGGGGGAAGACUCAUGUUCAUUGAUUUCCUGCAUUCUUUCUGCACCAAUUAUCCGUGAAUAAUUUCCAGUGUUCUCACAGAAGCAGGCCACAAUAAAAUCUCUUAAUGCCUCAAUUUAGAAUUAAUUCUCAUGCUUCUAGUAGAAUUUUUUCAGAAGUACAAAGACAAUAACAAUCCCAGAGGUUAAACAAGACCAGAAAGGGUGAUGUUAUUAAUCUGCAGCAUUGGUGUUGUUCACCACUAAAAAAUUCCUCCAAUGCAAACAUGCAUACACCACUACUGCCAAAUAUGAACUCAGAUAAUGCUGUAUUGAUCCUGUCAAUUCAAUAUUGACCCACAAAGAAUUGUUCCCAAACUGAGCUCUUCUGACUCUCUCUGAUGGUUAUAUGAUAAACUCUGGUGAGAGUUAAUCUAGAUCGUUAACAUUUAGACUUGUCCUUUGUGCUUCUGUUUGGUCUUUGAGCACAAAGAAAUAAUUGACUUUUAGCAUUUCUACAAAGAAAGCAAGAAGGAGAACAAUUGAUCUUUUGGUUUCCAUGCUGCCAAGUCAAGACUUUUUAUUGCACAACUUCACAACACGACUUUAUGACUUCCAUUUAAAGGCAGGCUUCAUACAAAUGAUGUAAUGGGGCUGACAGAGCCCAAUUCACAGUGGAGGAACAGUAUGAAGGAAAGUAUUAUGGACUUUGAAAACCAAAGUCUUUUAAAACCACAUAGUUCUUGAAACCAGCAACCAGUCCAUGUUUAGUUUAGAGACCAGGCUGUCAAAACAUGGCGUCUUCGGUUUUUGGAGCCAGCCAAAAAAACUGCAGUUACUUUUCAUAACAAGAGUUUGCAACCUGGUGCAUGAUCACUAAACCCUUCCUACAAUACUUUUUGGUUACUUCAUGCUAAGGUCUCCUCAAGAAUCAGCUGAAAAUCAAAAGUGAACUGUUUCAUUUAGCUGACUAUUUUGUCCAAAUGAUGUGGAUCUGAGAGUAAGUACAACAUAGGGGAGGAUCUAGGAUCAUAGGAUCUUAGGGUCAAACACACCGUAACACUGAGUUAGACACCUUCUCAAGAGAUGCCGGCUGCUUCCCAAGCGGCUGCUGGAAGAGAGUGGGUGAGUUGUGUUUAGUCUUUUUGCUAAAGAGAUCAGGCAAAGCUAAAAGGAUGUUUGUUGGUUAGUGCUAUGGCUGGGACCCUAUAUGUACUGUUGAUGAAGUUAGGUGCUGUUCUGAGCAUUAUUUGUGGCUAUAGAGUGGCGUUUUGGUUGAGGUUUGUGUGUGAAGAUGUAGACCGCUGUGUAUUGCUAUCAUGCGGCCGUUACUAAAGUUUGUAUAACUAGAGAAGAAAGCAGUCAGCAACAUUCAUCUCUUGAGGGGGUGUCUAACUCUGUGUUACGGUGUAUGUUGACCCAAACUUAAUUUUAUGCCAGAAUAUCCCUUUUAGAGAUCCUCCGAGUUGAACUGUAUCUUUCAAAACAACUUUUAAAGUUACAGCCCAUAUUAAAACUAAAACCUAUUAUUCUCCUUCAGAUUCAGCCCGAGCCAGUGAACCAAACAAUCACAGCAAUAGUAUCCUGUGAAAGAUGACCUUUACUUUAUUCAAUGAGAAACAACUUUAAUCCAAGAAUCUUGCAAAUGAGCUGAUAUUUUGGUGCAUUUGUAGUUUGGCAGGAUGUUUUUGGAUAGCUUCAAAGUAUGCAUUCAUGGAUUGUGGGUAAACAGCUGCAGCCUUGCACUGUUAAUCAGCAGUAUCUCAUUAGAUGAGGCAGAAGAGAAGAAUAAACACCCCACUGCACACUAGUUCAAAUAGUGAAAUUUAAUGAGUUUAUUAUAGGGAUAUGCAAGCUGUGUGAUUAAAAUGCACAGUCAUAGCCUGAGCUAGAAGAUGCAGCUCGCUCUUGCAUACUAACACAUUUCAUUGGGUUAGCAUUGAGUGGAACAAGGUUUAUCAUGAGAAAUGCAAAGCUCGCAGCUCAUCGUCUGACUAACACUGAACCAUUCGAGAGCGAUUUUAGAGGCAGAUUCUGUUUGCUGUUAGCAUUAGAUUAAUAUUCCUACCGUGAACCAUAGAUGUAUAUCCAAGAUCGAAGGCAUGAUGAAUGAUAGAAUAGCAUUGAUCGGGAGAGAUGAGAGGGAGUGUUUCAGUCACCUGGCACUGAGUCAGAUACUGUGUAGUCCUCUAAUGAAAUCAGUGUUGUUCCUUUGAAGCCAAAUGCUGAAGUUAGAGCAGCUCCUCUUGUUGUGCAUCUUGAAUGCAUUAUUGAAAUAGAUUGCUCUUGUCUCCUAAGUGGUCUCCCUGCACUCAUAUUGUCUCCCUCCUGGUGUGUGCUGCUAAAAAUGAAAUAGAGGUUGUAGCAUAUUUUGUUUUUUUUUUACACAAGCAAGGCCCAGCUUCUCUGUUAGUGCUACCUUAACCUUUUCACCAAAACAACAACAAUAACAACUGCUUUAUUUGGUAGCAUCCUCCUUCAGAGUUAGACCAAAGGUUUAAUCUUUUAAAUCUAUCCAAACCAGGCCACAGCCAAAUACUAAUGUGCAAAUGUCUUUUAUAAUUCAUUGUUUUAGUCCAGAGGAACAACCCAGAAAUUGCUGGAGGUUUAAGACUGACAGAGGAACAUUGAAAUAUCUACGGUUGGCUCAGUCCUGUGGCUGAUAAAUAUUCAAAUGAUCCUAAUUUAGUGAACUACAACAAUGCUUCACUCAUCAUUGAUUUAUCACAAUGAUUUUUAGCUGUCAGAGAGGGUUUUGGCAGCUGAAACCGCUUUGCUUGAAUGCUCAAUGUUGAUGCUUGAAUCCUGUCAUCUACUUUUUAUACUAGUUCAAACUGAAACGCUGUCGGACUGCAAGCAUUCACCACUAAAAGAAUAAUUGAUUCUGAAAGUAUUUAAGAACAGAGCAGCUCGAGACUGGACUAAAAUCUCCUUCAGUUCAUUGAAUCAUUGAAGGGACAUGACAAGACAAAUAUUUCGAUUUUGUGUGGUGUGCCAUUGAAUUUUGUGCUGUUGUGCUGUUGAAUUUCCUUUUGUGGAUAAUAAAGUUCUUCAUAUGUUACUGCUAGCAGCCUUUAAGAUGUUUUAGAUUGUAAUGAACUGAUGAAAAAGGGAACCACAUUGGCUUAUGCUAUAGAUUUCAAAACAUGGCUGAUAGUCAGAAGCAAUAUGAAGCUUUACCAUCCUACACCAUAACAAUAUACAUUAAACACCAGCUAGUAACUGUUUUAGAUUAGAUUUUCUGUCAUUGGGAGUGAGAUAAUAUGUUAAUAUGAUAUUGGCUUUGACAGGCCAGUGCUGAUAUGAUGUCGAUUGUGUCAUUAAUUGAGCUAAAUAAUUAAUUGGCUGAUUAAUCGGUCUAUCUCUAAUCUUGUGCUAAUAAAACAAGCAUCAAAUGAGCUGGUCAAUUAAUGUGAGCAGUCCGCAGUCAUCCUAGUUUACCUCUGAUGAGAAACUGUCAAUAUUUAUGGCCUCCAAUUAACCGCAAUGGUUUUCAAUCAAACCAAAAUUGAAAUAGAGCUUCUCUUUUUAUUAGCAAAAUCAAAUCAGAAGUAACAAUUCUCAGUAGUUUCUCCUCUCUGCCUUUUUGCAUGAGAGAAAAUGAACACCUCAUAAGAUGACACAAAGUAGCUAAGGUGGUUUGCAGCCAUGCCUUUAGAAACAUCAUUACAGAAGUAGCAGCCAAAAUUAACUGUAUCAGAAACAUUUUAAGAACCAUAACAUGUAAAAAAGUGUGCCCCUGUAGCCAAUGGUGUCAUGGUUUAUGUCAAAUUACUGUUAAAUGACUCAUGAAAGUGAUAUAUCCCACUCAUGUCUACUUUUACAUGCAGUCACUGACUAUUGGCCAAGCUGUCUUUUAUCAUAAGCUACUACUAACACCAAACAAAAUUUAAAUGGCAAGAAGGUCAUACAAGAACUGUUUCAUGACCUUCAAAAGUCAGUCACACAGAAUUAGAGUCGGACGAUUAAUCAUAUUUCAAUUUCCAUCAGGAUGAUGGUCCCCCAAGAUCACAACAACAUGAUGAUCGAAACUAAACAAUAUUGGGCUACUUGCCGCCCUCAAACAUGUCACAGUCUCACCUUAUCAUAAGCAGCCCGGAUUGAGUUUCUGCUCUUAUUAACAUUCAAGGGAUUAAUGUGCAACAGGGGUACCAGCUAUCACGCAGCUACAAGUGGAGAGAGGAGAGCAGGGAGAGGAACAGCAGGAGGCAGGUGUGUGUAUCUUUUGAAGUGAACACUUUUGACUGAACAGUAAUGCACGCUAAGUCAGCCUUCCUCAAAACUCCAGUAUUCAGCAUAUAUGUAUAUUUCCUGGACAUAUAAAUCUGGAUUUCUCCUUGAUGAGCCUUGGUCAGAAGCUUGAGAUUAGAAAGCUUUCCGUGAUAAUCCACAGACUGGAAAUGUUGUUUUCAUAUAUGCCUUUUUACUGUAAAGGCUUAAUGUAGACUCAAAGUAGGAUGGGCUUUAGACAGAGCUCCAGCUCAUCAUCCUCCCUGGCAGCUAUGUGCCGCCCCGCUGGAAUCAAUGCAAGAUGUGCCUUCCUGAUGAGAAGGCGCCCUGCUUAAUAACAUGUUAAUCCACAACGCAGGGAAAUGGCGAGAAAAGCCCUAAAGGCCUCAGUGUGCUUUCAAAAUAGGACAGCAGGAUGUAGGCUUAGGAACUGAUAUCUAAACUCCAGUGAUGUCAUGUUAUUAACCCCACCCACCAUGUGAAGCUCUUGUUUUAGUCAUUACAUAUCCCACCUCUUGAAUAAUGUAAUGACAGACUGUUCUGAGACUGAUUCAAACCUUUAUAUCCAAAUACACUAAACCCAGAGCUUGUGUAAUAGAUCCAUUGAAAGCAGGGGCAUCGAAAUAUCUGUGCUACUACAGUUUAAUGUUGUAAUAUAAAGAGGAAUCAGUAUGGUUAACUUUAAGUCCAUAUCUUUUCCAUUAUUUUAAAUCAGAAGACAUCUGACGAUUCAGUAUAUAACUAACUACUUACCAGUAGUGCAAACCCUUUGCAGAAUGAUUAAUGCACUUGACAUGAAUGAUAAUUUCCAUAUUGGAUUCCUCAUAAUCUAAGGUGGGAUUUACGGCCAGCUGUAAACGGGGGUUAUUUGGUCCUGUAGGUGCUUGUGCCUCCAUGUUCUGAUUUUGAAAUGGUGCCAAUGGGAGAGCUGCGCUGUUGGUUUUCCUAAUGUGUGUGACAAGACUAAAUAUUUAUAGCUUUUUUUUCUGAUGCACAUUUUCCUGCAGGAGUUUGAUGGGUCAGCUUUUAGUGGUGCAGAAACAGCAGUGAUAGGAGAACCUGCCAGGAGAUUUGGCUGCUCUGUGGUGAUGUCAUUACAUUCAGCAGCAUCUGCAGGAGUCUAUAGGAGGCAAAUGUUACCCUGCGUGUACUUUUGUUCUUUCUUCUUCUCUGUCUCCCACUCUCCCACUCUCUCUUACUCUCUCAUCUGUUGUCUCUUUCAUGUUUCUUCUCUUUUUCACGCCCUUUCUCCUGGCUGACCCUUCAGUUUACAAAAUCCCUCCUUUGUUCCUUUUUACUUUCAUUUCUCCUCUUCUUCUUUUUCUUCUCUCUCUCUCUCUCUGGCUUUGUCUCUCUCCCUUGUCAGUCUGUAGCUCUACAGCCGAACAGAUUAAUGAGCUUGCCCUGACUGAACCUGACACCGACAGACGACACAACACAGACAUGCUAUACGUGACACAGCAGUAAGGAAACAGCAGUUCACUGAAAGGACCAGGCUCCACAGACACCGUGUGCCACUCAAAAGGAUUAAGGUACACAGGAGUCAGAAUUUUAUAAUUUCCUCAUACUUAAAAAGGACAUUCAUGUAAAACCAUAACUUGGCUUCACAAACAUUUUGUUUUCAAAAGACUGAAUUCUACUGAACUUUCCUCUGAUAGUACCAAUAGAUACAGCUUCAGGCCACUAAUAUAUUCAAGAUGUAACAAUGGCAAUGCUAACUUUCUAACACAAAUAUGUACAAAAGAUCAUUACAAGAUCAAAAUUUAAAGGUGGGGUAGGCAGGAUCUGAGAAGGUGCCAGUUUUUGGGAGAAAUCUUGAAUGUAAACUCUACCCCUCCCAACCAGUUUUCCCCUCCGCUCCUCCUCUCCCCUCCCUCUCUGCUUCAGCAAGCCUCACCCACAAACAAUCGCUCCUGCUCGCUCGUAUCAUUUCAAUUAAAUUCAGAUAUAAUGUAGAUAAAUAAUUCAGAUAAUUACAAAUGGGCCCAGUCAACGUGAAAGUAAAAAGCAUUGGUGCUACUGUAGAGGCCAACAGAGUACCAGCAAACACAAUGUUUGCAGGACUUCUAAAACUAGGAUAAAGUGACAUAGUCCAGGACACGAGGUAAACAGUUUAGUGGCGCUACAACAAGCAGCAGGUCUCGUUUGACAAGAAGCACUUCUGUUACAGACACUUGGCUUACUUUGUUAAAACAGUUAAUCUGUCCGGCAGAAAGGUUACAGGGGUUCGUAAGAUCUGGCAGUCUCCGUCAUCUAUUUUGUUUUCUUGCUUGUGUUUGACAGUCGUGGCCAAAGGAGGGUUCAGACAAUUUUCUGUACUUCCUGGCUGGUAUCUACUGUCCGAUGUUGUAGCACGCUAACUUUGUUUGGGCUUGUGAAUGUUAUUCAAGGACUUGGAGUGUGCCUCACAAGAUGAGAGAGCAGCGUCUGCCUCACAACCAAUCAGGAUGGGGGAGGCGGAGAACAGCUUUGUUUACAGUCAGAAAGAGCGGGCUGCUCAAAAAUUUUAAAAUGUUGACGUUAUAUCGUUAAAGUCCCAAAUGUCAUCAAUAACUAAUAGCUAUUGACUGAUAUUAAAAGCUUUUUUGUGUAUACAUCACAAAAAAAGAUGCUUCUUUAACGGAUUCCUGCCUACCCCACCUCAAAUGCUCAUGGUUUACAAGCAAAAUAUACAAAACUCCCAUUUGCUUCAUUUAUGACUUCUGUGAAGUGCUAAUUGCCUGAUGGUAACAUGCUGAAAGCUAAGUGGUUAAUAUCAUACCUGCAUAUAACAAGUCUACAUAUUAGUUUUUUAGCUAUAUCAGUAUACUGUUGUAGCAUUUAGUCUCAGAAUUGCUAGGCCCCGAAGACCAAGUUAGCCUCUUUAAAACUGUUGCGCUGAUGAAGGAUCAGUUUUUUAACUACACAGUCCUAUGCAGAAGAGCUGGGGAAAACCUUGCCAUCUCUCAUAUCCAGUAUGAAGCUUUAACCUCUUUUUUUUCCCCACUUCCCACUUCAGUUGACGGUUUUCUUUAACAAGUCCAUUUACAAAAUUGGAGCAAAUGGAGCUCAAAAAACAACAGUCAUUUGUAGAAAAUAUGAUGUUUACCUGCUUCACACACAGGCGCCCACAUCCAGCCAGGUAGUUGAACACAACUCUUCUUCAGACUUGUUUAUAAUUAUUCAGGCUGGAGAACCAAUGACUCUUUUAAAUCUAUUUGAACUGUAAAAUAAAGCAGUAUUUUAAACUAAAGUUUUCUCACCACUUAUUCCAUGUGCCUCUCUCCAUCACAGGAUAUGUAACAUAGAUGAGAAAUGUCUGUUCACAUGACCCACUUUGUCAAUAGUCAUCUAGAUUUCAAGGGGGGCUCAUUCACCCCUCAGGCUCAAAUCACCCACUUAACAUAUGCCCACCCUACUUGAAUGGGAUACCCCACAAGAGCUGCAGCCUUGGAGAGGUUGACCCAGUCGUCUAGUAAUCAAAAUUUGACUCCAGUCAAAGGCCCACACACUGUCUCACUUGAACAUUUGUCCUACUUCAAACACAUAAUCUUUGAGGACCAAGUGUUGACCUUGGUUUAAGUCAAAAUCAUUUCCUUCUUUUGGUUUUAGUUUUACUUGAACCAAAGUUUCAUAAGUAGGAAAUAAAUCGGAGCCAAUUUAUGAGCAGUGAUGAAGAACAUCUCUCAGGGAGGUGAUAUGCCUUUGCAGUUGAGAGAGGUUUGGAAAAAAAAAAACUGAGCGUAUAGAAAACUGUUUAAUGUGAGGAAGCGCUGAAGAUGAAUGUCUGCAGCAGGAUGACACAUCAGAGAGAGCUCUAAAGUCCAAGCAAACUCACUCAUAAACCAAAUGAACAAGUAUUGUGGAAGAGAAGGUCAAAUCACAUGAAGUCACUCUAAGCUGCAUCGCUUUAAUUAAAGAUGGUAAUGAACUGUAAUACAGAUUUCCUGCACAGCGUGGUGUGAAUAUGUCCCCUCCAUGGCUGCUUUUUAAUGUUGUAGCUGAAAUAUAAUUAAGUAAUUUCCCUGUCAUAUUUGGGAGACAUCAUGUAGAUGGUGGUUUAUAGUGAGAAACUGAGCAGCAGCCAGACGGUAACCAGCCAAACUAAUUCACCUAGCUGCACGGAUGGGAGCAGUUUCAGCUCCAGGGAUUAGAUAGUAGAGCUAACACGGGACUAAAGAAGCUCAAGAGGAAAACGGUUUGGAAAUGGAUCUCUCUUUGUCUGUAAUUCUCUCUGUCUAACGUCUUUUCCUGCAUCCCUCAUUUGGUAAAUUCUGCCACUGCUCCGUCACCAGCGUUUGGCCCGGCUGCAGCGAGGUGCUGGAGGUACACUAUGUCUUCGGAGAGCCGCAUUGACGCUCUAAAGAUGAGCACAAUGAAUGUGCAUUAAGCUCUCAACGCCGCUUGAUAUCAAACUGGCAGAGAAAUCUUCCUCAUCCCAGCACAGAGGCUUUCACAGCGCGGAAAUCUAAAAGGCUUUACAGAAAUGAGAGAGCAGUUCCUUGUUCUCGCUGGAGUCCUCUCCGCUGCUCCUCUUCCUCUGUUCCCUUCCCUUCCCUCCUUUUAUGUCAAACUUGAAAGAGGAGAGACGAGGCUUACUUAUUAGGAAAGGCAGUGGACGUCAGCAGAGAGGAGGAGUACAGGCAUAGGGUAGAGUCUGUGUAGACUGAUGUCGCCCGUGCUGAACUUGGAAAUCAUUCUGUUGUGAUUUUUGCUCAGACAUGGGCCUCAUGUCUUAUUCAUGAUCCAGCUCCUUGUGGCUUCGGCGGUUGCUAUUUAAUCACCAUACUAAUGAUGUUUUCAUCCAAGUGCUCCUGAUUGUUACCUUGUGUAUUUGUCUGCUCUUGUGUGUUUGCUCGUGUGCUGUUUAAGUGUGUUGUUGUUGUGCAUUUCAGUACAGAGCAUAUUGGAUUUUCCUUCAUGUGAAAUCACGCGUAAAUAAAAGAUGGCUUCCAAAAAUGUUGCUGGUGUCAUGCCGGGUAUGAGUUCGCUGCUUUGUGAAGAAAAGGCAAAAAGCUUUAAUUACACACGAAUGCUGACGUCCUGUAGGGCUGCCUGCUGGCUCGGCACAUUACAGACAACACUAUCCUCUCAGUGUGUGUGUAUGUGUGUGUGUGUGUGGGUGCAUAAAAGGGAAGGUUUACAUUGGACGUGAGGAAAUGGAGAUAUAAAGAUGACUGUACUGACCUCAGGGCUUCUGAAGGGUACACAAUGUGUCUGCUAAUGUCUCUGCAGCACAGUGACUAAAUGUGCAAAUGUUCAGACAUGAGAACGAGCAUAAGACGGUAGAGUGCUGGAGAAAUGGAUAACAAUAAGGGGAAAUAUUAAAUCUGUGUUUCAGUGACAUCACACACUUGUUUCUGAAGAGCGGUCAUGGAGAUUUAAAAUUCUGAUCCAAAUUUUCUUCUGAUUUAUCCAGAAACAGCGGUAGAAUUUAAGCUAUAACCUCACUGCCGCCUGAUUUUAAACCAGAUUUUGACUUGCAAGACCGGUUUUUGAAGUGGUGUUGAACUUCAGCCCACCUGCACAUUGUUUACAUAUGUAGUUCAUGAGAGAAAUGAAUCGUCCAACUGCGCAUUAUGUAAAAGCAGAUCAACGAGCCCGUUCCCCAACUUCAGGCAUCUUGCCCUGACUGUUCCUUUAAAUGGCAGACAGUGUCUGAAAGCCAGUAAGGUGACAGCUGUACUUCCCUGUGUGGGAGUUUGCAAAGAAAACAUCAAUGACAGUAGUCAGUGCUUCACCUCAAUGUAACCACCUAGAUAACAUUUUUAAUGUUACUGUAAAAUGGUCGUGUUUAUAUGGGUUCUGGUAAGGUCCACGUGCUUUUUUAAGCCAGCCGUAGGUGAACACAUAACAGUUUUCUAUGCACCUCUGCAAAGGCUUCAUUCUUCAACACUGGAAGUCUGCACAAAAGAGAUUUAGGAGAUCAUGACCUUUUCAGCUUAUUCAAACAACUGUUUAUUUAUUAAUUUGCAAAAUCCCUAGACUAAACUGUCCACAUUAUUCACAUCAAAUUUAAUCUGAUCAUCUAAUCUCUAAAUGUUUGAAUGACUUUGCAAAGGCUCAAAACAAAAGAUCAAAUCUUGAGGUGAUUUUAUGAUUCUGCAGUGCAGUGAUUUCUCUGUUUUUAAGUGGCCAGCACAAGUCUCUCUCCUGUGUGCGUGCUGUGAUGUCUGACACAGCUGCACUGAUGAUUUGUCCCUUUAUAUGUGCUCUUACAGACAGUGUACUGUAUGUGUAAUUUAAACAGUUGGAUCAUGUAGAGCACCUCUGUUUGUGUGGUCAGUCUGGUGGUGUGUUGCGGUCUGUGGUGUGUUUGUGUUUAUGUUGUAGUUGUCUUGUUUGUCAUCUCGUGGGAUUAUGUGGCUGUUUGCUGCUUUGAGAGGGAAGGAAUCAGGUUGUAAGAGUGGAGGUGGAUAUCACACAGCCAUGAUCAUCAGUCAGUAUAAUAUGUGGAAAAUCAGAGUUCAUUUGGAAUCAAUCGUUGCAUGUAGCUCAAUUAGUUAUACUUUUUAACCAAACUAAUUAUCAUAAUCUUUGUGAGCGUACUGGUAAUUAAAGGACUGCUGAAGUAGCCGGCAUUUAUCAAGCUACUUGUAAUUUAUGAUUCAUUACGUUUCUGGUCAGAUAUGGAAAGACUGAUGGAUGUUUGCGCUGUAGUGAAACCUUAAUUUUUUCGAAGGCUAUGAGCAGAACUGUUACCUGUUACAGAAAUGAAAACCAGCAGUUGUGAGAGAAGUGUAACAUCACAUUUACGAAAGCUUCUUUAGUGCUGCAAGUAAUGUGCAAGAGCUUCAAGGUAGCAAACACAAAGGGUAUAUGAAUCAGCAGAGAAGUGCACUUGUACUGAGAACAUGCACUGCGUUAAAAAAGUAGCUCUGUAUUUUCUUCUGAUUUGAGGUGAAAACACUUUAAUUCAUCCAAAACUCAAAAGCCCGCCAUUUGUCAUAUCGAAUCACAAUGCUGUUUUCAACCAAAAAAUUAUAUUUGGUAGACUGAAAUUACACCCAAUAAUCACCAGUCAAAACGAUUGGUUGUUGAAAUAUAAAAAAAAAAUAUCUGUACAUGAUCUUUAGAUCGACCCAGUCAGUAAGAGUGUAGUGAAUUCACCCAGCUGGUAGUCUAAGAAACUUAACAAUAAACAUGGGUUUACCUGGACCCUCACUCCUCUCACUCGCAAGGAAACUAUGUAAACAGGUCAAAACUACAGUUAAACAGCAGAUUUAAGGAUUUUAAGAGAGACAAACAAACAACAUAAAAUAUUCCAGUUCAUUUAUGUUCAAAGUUAAGGGGUCUUUUCCUCCUAACACUUGACACUUGUACCCCUACCUUGGCAGUGCCCACAACCUCGAUUUUAAAGUGUGCUCCUCGGCUGUGUUUGCUGUUGCUAGGUUACAAAAGUUGUCCUGUGGCACCUCCAUAUCUGCUUUCACUAAGGCUGCACGAUAUUGGAAAAAAAUAAUAUUGCGAUUUUUUCAACCCUGCGAUAUAUAUUGCCAUAUUAAAAAUACAGUAUUUUCACCAGAUGACCUGAAUAGCACUUAAUGUUAUGCUGCACUGCUGAAAUCUUGAGGACAGUUAAUCUGCUCUGAUCUUACCUCUUUUUGUGAAUGUUAGUAGAACGGCUUCUGUCUGUCUCAGAGAUAUUUUUAGCUUUUAUUGUGCUGGGACGUUAUUGUGGCAACAGGUGAACACAGAAGACGUGUUUUGGUCGACAUCAUCCUUCUUUUAACCGAAAUAAUUCCAGAUAACUGACUUUCCUUUUCUUUUUGGCAACAAAUCUUCAUUUUCGGUGGUUUUCGCUUGUUCGUUGUUCAUUUUGCGAUCGUUGUUGUUGUUGUUAGCGGUGUUGUGCCGAGAAACGCAUGUCCUCCGAGAAUUGCAUGCACCUCGCAAAACGCGCACUGCUUAUAGUAGAGUGGUCCACGGAAAUGUACAAUCUAAAACCCAUACAGUUCUUAUUUGUUGGGCUUAAUAGUCAUGAGUAAAGUUCCGAAAGUAAUUCUCAGCGGACACACGUCUCCCUCCAUGUGCAGAACAUGUGCAGGGGUGGGUUUUCUCCUCCCUGAUUUUGAUUGACAGCUGGCAGGGUAGUCUGAUUGGCAACUGAGAAGUGAGUCUGAUUGGCAACUGAGUUAAGGACGAAGGCGAUUGGUGGAUCGCUGCACAGCACAUGCAGAGUCACAUGGAGUGUAUCUCAGUCGGUUACCCGUGAAAUUAAAUGAGUUCAUUCACCUCCAAUAUCGCAGGCUCUGCGAUGUGACUAUCGCACACACGUACAUCGCGAUGACGAUAGUCAAACGAUAUAUCGUUCAGGCCUAGCUUUCACCCAACGACAUUAUGCAAAGAAAUCUUACAAUUGAUAGAAUUGGUGUCAUAGCAUCAGUGUCAGCUUUAGACCUGAGUUGUACCUUACAAAAACAAAUAAGAUCAUCUUCUUUCGCACAAACCCCCACUAUUCUUGUUGAUGAAGUUAUUGUCAGAAGCCCCGCCCCUUGCUGAUUUUGAUUAGUUGGCGACCAAGAAAUGACAUUAUUGUCAGUACAGAAAGCAUAAACAGAUGAUCCACUUUACAGCAGACAACCUGAAAAAAAAUCAAUUUUAACAUGAUGUGUUGCGUUAACAUGAUAGAAUCCAUCAUACAUGUUGAUUUUGGUCAAUUACACUAAUUUAUCCUCAGUCAUAAAAAAUCCAGCGCUGGAGAAGGUAAAGGUGCUUCUUUGACCAUACAGGUGAGUACUGGACUGUCCAUUCUGCACCAGCUAUAAUGUGUCAGCUCAACCCAUGCUUUUGUCUCUGCUUCAGUACAAGAGUCCGUAUUCUGAUGUUAUUUUUUUCAUUUACUCAGUAUUGAUAAAACACUUCAAGUGUUUCAUUGCUAAGCAAGAACAGGAACAUAUGCUAGCUAAUUUAAUAUGUUAAUGAAACCUCAAGACACCUCUGGAUUUUUCUGUCAUUUUUGGCAAAGUAUCUGCACAAACAACAUCUGGCUGUGGAAGUGCUUCAUUGAUAGAUAGGCAGAUAUUGCUGUUGUAGGGUGCUUACACUGCUGCCAAAACAAAUCUUACCAUUGUUGUUUUUUUUGUUAUCGCAGCUUAGUUAAAUCUCCCAGGUUUCAACAUGCAACCCUAAAGGAUGUGAGAAAGACCCAGAUUUGUCCAUCUCCAUCUGCCAUCCUGACAACUUUUUCUUCUGUAAAUUUAUAGCUCAAAUGGCAUGCUCACGCUGGCCUCCUUCAGUAGUCGGACCUUAGCGUGAAGUUGUAUGAAAGAGAGAGGUCUCCUCCUGAGGAAACAGCACUAAAACAAACCGCAGCAUUUCUACAGAUGGUGUGAAUUAGACUUCUAUUCAAGAGUUUUAACUGGCAAAAGAGCAUCAAAGAGAAAAACACUGCAGUUAACGCUGAUAUAAAUCAAAUAAAGGCUUAUCAAUUUUUCACAGGAAGCAGAGUUCAUCUGCAGCUUCAGUUAAAUCUCUUUGGCUGCUCCCUUGUGUUUUAUAAAGGAGUGAAUGAAUCUAUCAAGAGCUCUAUAUAUGUCUGAAGUAGCAAACACCUCGGUCCAUAGUUUAUUCUUGUUUGAAUGUGGACUUACAUUUUAGUACACCUGACCUGCUACACAUAAUAGGAAUUCAGGACUGAUGUUGGCAGAUUGGCAAAAUGAACAUUUGUCAUCUGUCUUUUGUAGAGUUUAUAUUAUUCUGUAACUCUGUGUUCCUGAAUAUUUAAUAUGACGGCCCCCAACCUUUGGUUUAUAGACUGGAAGCGAAAAAGAGAAAAGUCCUGCAAUUUUCAAUGGAAACAAAGUCCUCCUUUCAUCAUUAUAAUCACCACCACCAUUUAAUUAUUCAAGUCCUUAAUACACACUGACAGAGAACCCUCAUUUAUAAUAAUACUGAAGUGAGAAUGAAAAAGGAUUAAAACCUGGAGUAUAACAGGAACAGAUGCUCAUGAAAACAGGUUAAGCUUCAUAAUAGCGCAAUGCAAGGUUUGGGAAUCGACAAAAGACACCAAAUAAUUGAUAUAAUCAGUAGACCAGGCAAAAUAUUGAUAGCAUUUACAACUGCAAUCAUGACAUUAGCUUUUAUAUCCUGACACUGUCAUAAAAGUGAGUCAUGUAAGUGAUCGGAUACAAUGGCUCACCAAACCCAAGUAGACCAGAACAUGUGGCAGAAAAUUUUGGUAACUCUGGCAAGAACUGAAUUAAUCUGGACACUUCUAUGCUGUAAAUCGAACUUUUCAGCCAGUGAACCCCAAACUCAUUGGCCAAAGUUUGGGUGCCCCCCUGCUGUUGCUUAACACAGUUGAAUCUUUCCUUCAGCAAAACCCAAACACUAAUGGGCCUGUCCAAAAAAUGCCAUGAGACCAACACAAAAGAACACAACAACCACACAAUCAAAACAUUUUACAGUCGAUUUAAGAAUAUUAGCCAGAAAUCACACUGAGAUAGGCACUGAUAACCCUCCAUACAGUUAUGACCUUACCCCUUGAAAAUACAGUGAAUCAAACAAAAUAUCACAUCAGUUAUACUGGUAUGGUCUGGUGGUCACAUGACCCCCCAAAGCGCGCCACCUCGUGUUAUUUACUGACAGAUCAGGAAGUGCCCCGGUUUGGCUUGUAAGAUGGCAGCAGGUAAUUGGACGGUGUGUGUGCGUGUGUGUGGCGUGUAGUUGUUGAGUGUGUACCCUCAAAUGCCUCCAGAGGGGAGAGAGAGUCCAGAAGAAAACGGUUGGUUGGAGUGCAGGACUGCAGGAAACAGGUGCGGGGAAACAUUUCAACAGUUUGAUGGAGCUCGGCACCACGGGGAACGAACUCGCUCCAUGUGCACUCCUGGCACUGGGACUCUCAGGCUCCGAGAGAGAGCCCCGCGUCAAACGUGGAAUGAUGGUGCUUAACGGUGCUCCGUCACAAUUGUUUUUGUUGAAUAUUUUGUCCUGCUUGGUAAAAUAUGCGGUAGGAAACAAUUCUUAAACAAUGGCCAAGUGAAAACUCUUUGCAGCUCAAUGCAGACAAAACUGAAACACUGGUUUUGCCCCUGAUGACUCAAUCCCAGGGAUCAACCUGUACUUGGGUGACUAAGGCCAGUCUGCUGAACCUAGCCUAAGAAGCCCGGGUGUCAGAAAGCCUGGGAUGUCCUUAGUGCAACACUGUGAACAGUUGACAAGAAAUUGCUUUUUUUUAACUGAGGAAAAUCUCUUAGCUAAGGAAAAUGGUGUCACAAAAUGACUUGGAGUUCAUCAUUCAUGCCUUUGUGUCUUCACGUUUAGACUGUUGUAAUAGUUUGUUUUCGUGUCUGAACAAAAAGGAGCUGUCUCGUCUGCAAUUAGUGCAAAACUCUGCAGCGAGAACUCUGACCGGGGCGAAUAGGAGGACUCACAUAUCCCCCUAUUCUUAAAGCUCUACAUUGUCUGCCUGUGUCCUUUAGGAUCAAUUUGAAAAUUCUAGUCCCAGUAAUUAGAGCCUUGCAUGGUCAGGCUACAUCUUACCUCUGUGAUCUGAUCCAGCCUUACACCCCUGCUCGGGGUCUGAGGUCUGUGGAUCAGAAUCUACUGAUGGUUCCGCGCACUGGUUUUUGGAUCAGAGGAGACCGAUCUUUCCAGGCUGUUGCUCCCAGGCUUUGGAACGAUCUUCCUCUCUCUCUCUGCGCUUAAUAGACUCUGUUGACUCCUUUUAAAAGCCAACUCAAGGCAGAUUUAUUUGCCUAGGCUUUUGUUUAGUUGUUUUGGGGCUGCUAUGAUUUGUUAAUGUUGUUGUCUUGGCCUUUUAAAUUUGUAUGUACAUUUUUACUUUUUGUUUAUGUGAAGCGCUUGGUGACUCUUGUCUGUGAAAGGUGCUAUAUAAAUCAAGUUUACUUACACACAGGAAAUCAUUCAAACAAAGUAAAUAACUCAAAAACAGCACACAAACCCUGGAUUUACUGACAGUCGUUGCUGUAAUCAAAGGCUGUUUCAGAAGUGUGUGUUGUUUUCCUCUUCUAAAACCAACCCAGAAUUUCAAAUUAACUUGAUCAACCACAAGUAUUGUGGUGGGUGGUAUGGUUUUGCUUUUGCUUGUCUUACAGUGGAAAUUCUGUGUUUCAACCAUGAGCUAUGGUUUCAACCACAUACUAACUCCUCAUAAAGGCAUUAAAACAUUUUCAGUCUGUUUAUUUUUGGGUUUUGACGGAGCUAGGUUAGCUUUGCCUCUGUUUCCAGUGUCUAUUGCAAAGCUAAGUUAACCAGCAGCUGGUCAGAGCUUCAGAUUUAGUGUGAACACAUAAGUUUGGUGUUGAUUUCCUUGCCUAAUUAUACUGUAGAAAACAUUUAAGAGUUGGUUGUUGUUGAAUACCUUUUCUGUAAAUGAGACAACUUUUAAAGGUGGAAAAAGUUUUGUAAGACUUAAAUGUGCUGAUGCAACACUGUGCAGUAGCGUUGGGGUAGGGGGCAGUGUUAACUCCUUCAUAUCUCUCACCCCUUGUCAGCAUGGAGAAUGAAAGUCAAUGAUGGCAAUGCAGAGUAGUUAAUGAAAAGUGUGUUGAUUAACAAAAAAGGAUCAGUGCUAUGACUUCAAGGGCAAAUCCAUCCAUCUCCUUUCUCCUUACAUCAUCCAGAUCCCUCUGGAUCUUUGUCAUCGUGUUAUUGCAGACCCCCUUUAAACCAAGCCUCUCAAUCCACAAGUCUGCUGCCGUCUAUUUAUAACUCUUGCUAUAGCAGAGCGACGGUAUGUGCGUGGAAUAUUAAGCACUCCAACUCGCCCAGGCUCAUCCCCUCCCUGACUGUGGGAGACCGUAGUCAUCAUCGGCUCACUUCCAUACGCAGAGCAGUGCACACUUCAGUCAAGUGCCAGCCAAAGAGCCCUCGCUUUUCUCUCUACUGCUCCUGCCUUCCCUUUUGCACUCUCCCACAAACACACAAUUAGUCGGCUGUCUUUCCCCUAUACAUUAUUCCUCUCUUCCUUCAUGGGCUUUUAUCUCCCCUCUCAUGUUCUUUUUUUUAUUGGUGGGAUUUAGUUUCUUGGAUGUUCAAGCAGCAGGAGGAGACUGGACUACUUUGCAAUCUCAUGACGUCUUACAGAGAGCUGCUGUUGUGCUAUGCAGGGCCGACCAAAACUGCCUUUAAGUGUGUGUGUGUAAGACUGUUGUGUGUGUUAAUGUGUGUGAGAAUCAGGUCUACCUGACCUCUGUGACUUUUUUUCUUCUCUCUGUCUUUCUCAUGACUUUCUCAGAGGUGGCCAGUAUGACUCAGGCCUGAUAGAUCUUUGGGUAACAGAAUUUGCAACAUGUUUUGUUGAAACUUUGUGUAACACAGUUCGAUAUCGAAAUUGAAUAGCUUGGAUUUUUAUAUAAGAGUAUCAUGUAAUUUUUUUGGUGUGACACAAUAUGAUAUAUGAGAUAUAAAUUCAUAUGAUAUGAUACAUUUUCAAUGCAUGCGAUUUGAUAAGACGUCUGCAUUAUCGUGAAAACCAAAAUAGUUAGGCAAUAUCUUUUUUUAUUCAAAGUUCCCCUAUUUUUCUCCACAAAUGGGACAGAAAUCUGAGAGAUAUACUAGAGGAAAGCUCCAAAUACUGAAGACUUUCUUUUUCAAAUACAAAGGUGUGUGUGGGUCAAAGCUCAGAGUAGUCUUUAAAAUUGUCCAUUCAGUUGUGUGGUCAUGCAGAUAGAUAGCGACUACUCUCAGGCAUUUUAAGAAGCUGCUGUCUUUUGUGAACAUAUUCAACAGAUAUUAUAUGAAUUCAGAACAGACUUUUUCCUUUGAUAUGUUGCUGUAUACAAGGCUACAGAUAAAAAGGAUAUGUUUAGACUUAGUCUGAAAAUCUCAUUUUAGACUGGCUCUCAGCCAGGAUAAUAUCUGGGUGGGUUCUGGUAAAAUUGGUCCUGUAAGAUUCUCAUUAUAGGAAAAAAGUAGAGAGCCAGAGGGAUAAUGCAAAUGAGGGUCACAUUAUGCUCUAUUUCAGUUCAUUCACAGCCUUUUUAGAUUUCUAAACAGAAUGAGAGGAUCCCAUCGGAGCUUGUUACGCUGCUGUUGCUGCCGCUUUUACACCUUGAAAAAUGAACCUAAAAGGUUUUUUUUUCUUAAAUGAAAUCCCAGGUUUUCUCAAAUCGAAUGGUAAAACUCUUCUUAGGUUGACAGAAUAUGAUGUUUUCAUGUAAGAAUACCUGAUUGGGGGUUUUGUUUUCAGCUUUUGGGAGACUGAACACAGAGAGCACAUGUACUACAUCAGCACAUGUUGGGUGAAUUGAUCGCCACCAUUAGAAGAAGGCAUAUUACUUAAACAGUAAAACAGUGUGGAUGGACAGCUGGUUAGUGUUUUGUCUUUACCCAUCCUUUAUUUCCAAUUUCAAGUAUUUAAAAAAAACUUUUGAUACAAACACAGAGACACAUGCCUCUCCCUGAAGAUACAGACCCUGUCUAGUUUAUAUACUACAGUACCUUUUGGCUUUUACCCACAAUUCUAAGGUUAAGAUAGCAGUCAAAGGUCCAAGUGGAAUAGGAUAUAAGAGAGGGAUUAACAGCCAGACCUUUGAGUUACACUGCCUAGGCCAAAAAAAGAAAGAGAGAAUUCAAGAAAGAAACAAUCAUAUUGUAUCCUUAGAAGUUGGCUCUUCAGCCCCCACGAUCCAGAGCAGCAGUUUAACUCUACCUGGCCUUGUGUAACAAACUCAAAAUGCUUUCCCAACCUUUGACUUGUAGUUUCAGUGUGAGCUCUUCUUGCUUUCUCUUCUUGCCGUCUCACUGCUGGGAUAACUAGUGGGAAUGACACAUCACUGCUAAACUUUUUCCUGUUUUAUAAUGUAUAACACAAGAAAAGAAAUCCCCUGAGAGUAUUUUCUUCUCAUCUAAGAGGAUGUCAUUUACUACUUAUUUCUAAUGUAAACAGGCACCAUCAUUAGACUCCUCUGCUUGCAUACUAGACCUCAGACAUCAAGGCGAGGGCACCUCUUCAUUUCCAUGUUUUGAAACAAUCCCCACAGGCUUUAACAGAUAAAGGAGAUGACUGCUGAAACUCUUUUUUUCCCUCCCCUCUUUGCUUCCUUCAGUAUUUUUUUCUCUUACUGUCUCAACUAAUAUUUCAAAACUUUGAUUCUCUACCCGGAUCCUUAUCCGAUCUCAAAUCACCUACAGCACAUGACACGAAUCGAGGCUCCCAGCUCAUUUAUACUUGCUCGUCAUCUAUAAUGUGAUGAAAACAGUGCAGACUCAUUAGUUGUGCAGGUUAUCAAUGUCCCAGACCACUCUCUCUUAACAGCAUCUAAGCAGCUGUUUGUCUAAAGGGUUUUCUUACUGGCUGCUCGGCCUGAGGAUGCAUGCAGCAGCCCAACACAGCUGUUCUGACAGCACUACAAAAGCUAACAAGGUCAUGAUGGUUUAGCUUGAAGGGCAAAGUUUCUGCAAAUCCAUCUUCAUGUGCCUUUCUCAUGAAGCAAAUUAUCUAAAUUUCAAUUUUGUAGGUCUCCCUCAAACGUUUACAAAGUCUAUCUAUUCUAUCAUACUUCUAUUGUUUUCAGAAAUCAUGCUUUUUGCAUUUUAAUGAGUGUCCAUGAGUGUUACACACUAGUUUAACAAUUAGCAAGCAGAGUCAGUUGCCAUCAGUCUGUACUAUUGGCCUCCUGUCAUCUUGUCACAGCAGUACUAUGUCCCAGCCAGCCUGCCAAGUGACUUUCCUCCGCCCUUGGAUUUUUUAGAGAUGCUGGGGAACCACAGGUCUCCAUGGCAACAAGAUUAUUACAUCACUACUCUCCAGCUGCUGUCGUCAAGCUGGUGUUUGGCCAAGCUCUGCAGCAACCUGACAGUGACUCCGCACACUUCACACACACACACACACACACACACACACACACACACACACACACACACACACACACACACACAAUUACUGCGGCUGCUGCCAAAACUCUCAGUCUGAACUCCUCAGAUUAGCAGGGCGCUACCAUAUGCUAUACCUGAUGAUUUAGUUUUAGCAUAUGUGUCCCAUAUGACCCUGAAGGGUUUUCUGUUUUGGCUACUUGAAAUUCAGCACAUUGAAUGUUAUAUUAAUGUUAUAUUUAUGGAAAACUUGAAAAUUAAAAUAACAGUCAGUCAAAUAGAGGAAAUGCAGAACAAGGGUGGAGCAACUUAUUACUUUUUAAGUGUAACUGAUAAAAUAAUUAACUUACAUGUCAUCAUUUAUUUCUAUUGACGAUCAAAUUUAUGAUUUAUUCGCAGAACUACCCUGCGACUGAAACUUUUCUUCAGAGAGGAUAUUGCCUCAUGAAAUGAUUGCUUGUCGUGUUUUUAUUAUGAUAGCCUUUUGUCAUGCGUUUAGGUUUCUUUAUUUCCUGACAUUUGAACUGCGCUUUUAUUUUGGUGUACAAGUUACCUCUGGUAGAGCAUAAGAUACAUAACUGAAUGAAAAUAGUUUAAAAAAAAAAUAAACAGUUAAAACGGUCAAGCAAAGCAACCUGAAGAGGCACAAGUUCCAGUGUUGUUUUUGGAUUCACAAUAAAUCUUCAAAUGUCAUUUUUUUGUUUUUUUUAUAUUGCCUUAUAAUCUUUCAAAAAGCUGCUGCAGUUGGCAGUUGGCUCUCGUCUUCUCUGUUGUGUGAUGUGCUGCAACCAGUCUAAUGAACCACAACUAACCAAUUUCUCAGUAAAUACCUUUUUGCUUACACAUUUUGUCAGCCACUGGGCUUUCAAAUUCAGAAAACUUACUAGACUAAUGUCAGGAGUAAUAUAAUUAUCAAUCAGACUGUGAAAUUGUGUAUGAACCACAUCAUACAGGUUCAUUAGGGUUGCUGCAUCAUCAGAUAAUGUUUCAAAUACAGAGGUUGAUGGUUAAAUCUUUGGUCUUCUCCCUUGGAAAGAGAUGAGCCAUCAAGCGCUAUAAAUUAAAAGGGUUUGUCUUUAACAGUUCAUGUAAACUUGAUGCAUUUCUCAAAUUCUGGUCAUAUCAGCAGUUAAGCUCCCAACUUCUAUAGGUACUCACGUUCAAUACAUCUUCUCUGCAGAGACAACUCUUUGGGCGACCUCAAGCUCUGCCAUGUUGAAACUUUAAAUUGUUUUCUUCCAUCAGAACAUUUGGGGAGCAUGUUUUAUUGCUGCGUUCCAGUUGUACCCGGAAGUUGGAAUUUCCAAGCUCCAAGUCGGAAAUUCAUCUGGAACGCUCCCCUGAAGUCAGAUUUCUGACUCAGAAAGUCGGAUGAUCCUCACCAGACCCCAAUUGAUGACAGCGUCAUAAUCCAAGUUGGCAGCGCAGUGCAUCAACAGUAAAGAGUAACAGUGAAAGCUCUCAAAAUGUAUUAUUUAUAAAUUUAGCACUUCUGUUUUGUUUUUGUGAAAUUAAAUAAGUGGUAAAUGUUGUACUGCCCAACCUCUAACGUUGAACAUGGUGGUAUGCUGUUUGUAGAGUAAAUUACUGUGUUAUGCGUUGUUUACAACUGGUAUAGCUAACAACAGCUGACAACUGCUUACAACUGAAACGGCUAACAACAACUAACAGUAGGCGUCCAUCUUGGUUUUUCGACCUGUUUGCUGGAACGCAUCAACUUGGGUGUAACGUCAUUGCCAGCUCCAAAAUCCAACUUCCGAGAUAACCGGAAUGCAGCAUUAGUCAUCAAACCAUUCUAAUCAAAAAACAUAAAUCUUGCAGUUGUCUAACUCUCUUUUCAGCUCAUCAUUUUUUUUUCAGCAUGCAAUAUCAUAUACCUACUCCACUGGAUUGUGUGGGCAUGCCAGUAGGUACAUAAAUGCAACUAAUGUUAGUAAUUUUUUAAACAGAUAAAGUUAUUUUUUGGAGGAUAAUAGAUGUUCUUAAAUUCUUCUAGUAUUGGCAGUUCAGUUAUCACACUAAUAUAUGAUGCAUCUACAAGUUUCAUACAUCGUUUCAGUUAUCUAUAAGCGAUACAGAGAUUUCCGCUCUGUGUCACACUGUGUAGCAGUCAUCUCGACUUGUUGCCUCCUUUACCCCAGUUUGAGUUUUGCCUUGGGGAAGGUAUGUUCUUUAAAAAUUUGGCACUUCUUAAAUGGGGUUAACUGCAUCUGUUAGCCCAAUUUUCUGGGCCGAGUCUCAGUGGAUGCCUGUGAUGGAUGGUCACAUGAAAGCAUCUCUACUACAGCUGCCUCUGAUGUGCACAUUGAGAAGACCAGGUCGCGAUUAAAAAAAAAAAAAGAGGCUUAACAUCAUCAGACUUGUCAUCAGCUUAGCUUUCUCACCUAUGGCUACAUUUUCUCAACCCCUGUCUUUGCUAGUCGGGUUGUUACAAGUGCAAGACGGUAGAAAAGUCUGGCAUGUCCCUCGGCUACAUCAUUCAUCAAGUUGACAUGGUCGCCUUGGACAGGGCAGCAUCUCCCAGAAGGCAUAAUGUACUUCCUGUUUGAGCAGAGGUCAGAAUGACCUAGCUGCCUCGCUAAACCCUGUUCACUAAGACUGCGGUUUUCUCUGAGCCAAGGAGCACUCGUGCCUCUGAGGUUUUCUUCGAGCUGUGAGUGUUCGUAUGAAGAGAGAGUCCAGAGUGGACAGAAGGAGUGAGUACCAGGUGAAUAUUGUCUGGAGGGUGGAGAGUGAAGAGAAGGAUGGGUUAUUAAUACUUCAGGUUUCUUUGCUAAUGCUGCAGUCCACCUAUCAUGGUUAAAGUUACGGCACGUUAGAGAGAAGAGUUAGACUUGUAAAUUCUGCCUCAUUUCCCAUUAAAUUUCUGGUAUAACACUAUCCUCAGAUUUGGAUGGAUGUCACACAUUAUCCUCCUGCCCUUGCUCGUCCCAGCCUUAUGUAAUUCAGGUACAUUUCAGAGCAAAUCUAAAAUAAGAAUUAUGAUGUCAGCACAUAUAUUUGCAGGACAGUCAUGGGUGGUGUGGAUUAAAAAUUCAUACAUUCUCUGAAGGUGGAGGAUAAUGCAGCAGAAUAAGAGGUGGGGUCCAGGCAGAUGUUCGAGAAACAGAGGACAGAGAGAGGAAGGACAAAUUUAAAAGAAGGCAAAAUAAAUCAGUUUGCCUAUAUAUGUAGGGUUUUUUUAGUGGAGCAGAAUUAGUAAUCCUUUUUGUCACCUUUCAUCAUGGCUCAAGUCUAAUUUCAACAUACUUGACCUCAUGCAGUUUGGAUCACUUUGGAGUAGACCAGUCUUUGGGCAUAUCUAGAGGGUCCCUUUGAAAUCAAAGUGCUUCACCUAGGUACCACCAAAAAAACACACCUAACUACAGUUGCCUCAUUACUUUGUCUAAGGCAGGACUUUUAGUUUUAAUUUACUAUUUUGAUAGUGAUGGAAUAGGCUGUGGGGUGUUUUGAAUUUCAUUGUGGUGGUCUUUUAAAAUUAUUACUGUGAACAGGCAUAUUUUAUUCUAAAAGUUAAGCUGAAAAGACUCAUAAGGUCCAUCUCUGUUGAGUUUCUAUUUAAAUUAAAAAAAUUAUACCUAGGAAUACUCAAAUGUGAACAGUCAUGGUGAUGAAGACAAAAAUGUAAAUGAAAUGAAUUCAUUAAUGUGUGUACACAGACACUGAAUAUCACACGCGCUCGUCUGGCCCUCUGGAGCACAAUACACUCGGUCUAAUACCUAUGCUGCAGGCUCCUAGAGUUCAUUCUGAGCUUGGAGGAUCUGCCUCUGGCUUUUUACUUUGAACUCCCUAUUACAAAGGACUUGAAAAUGAAUAUGCUGGAUUCCUAUGAUCAUUUUAGAUCUGUAAUUGUUCAUUUUAACUGAUUCUCUUUGAAGUGAAUGUUUUUUUGUUUUGUUUUGUUUUUUUAUCUUGCUUUUCCUUUUGUUUGACGUCACUAUGAAUGAAGGCUUUUCUCUCACUGAUUUUGAGACAAUGUAAAACCUAAAAAAGAUACCAAGACAAAACAGUUUGAAUAGUACUUUAGACUUUUUUUUAGCAUUCUUUUAUUUGUUUGGCCUGAGGUGCCUAAAUUAGAACGACUGCCACAGGUAGGGCUCUACCUCUCUGGUGCAAUGAGUCAUGAUGCCUGACGUGGUGCCUUGCUAAUCCAGAGUGCUGUCUGCCUCUGAGCAUGUUUUUCCUCUUAUCCAUGUCACUAGUGCAAUCCUUCAGUGGCUACUUAAAAUUUAGGCUACCGGCUCAGGAAUUUUGAUUCAACUGUUAUGAAGAAACUUCCUGAUCACUUGAAAACAUGAACUGUCAUCAUCCAAUCAAGGAUCAAACUCGACUGUGCGAUCUGUCAGAUAAUUUCAGAGCAUUGUUGCUCUGAUUGUAGACACUUUGACAUUCAGCCGCUGCAACAUCUAGUUUUCACACAACCUUAGAGUCACCCUGAAAAAUGAGCAAACUGUUCUCACUUCUCCAAGACUUAAGUGGACACGUAUAGAGGUGUGAGCCAGGAAAUUACGAGUCCUCAGUUCAAUUAAUGAAAUGUCACUUGUUUGAUAUUCAUUUACAGAGACGUUUAUCUAAAAUAGAUACGAAGCAGUGAUGUUAGAAUUCACAAUGGCUCCAAACUAAACAUCAUUAAAAUAAAAGUGUAUAUUAUUAAUGAAUAUAUAUUCAAGCUUUGUCUGAGAGGAUUAAUGAACAGCUAAAUAAUUACAGAGAACUGAGUGGAAACGUUUCAUAAAAGUACAUUUUUAGUUCAUGUUUUUUUUUUUUUCAAGGUUCUUCUCUGACACCAAAACAAAACAUCUUUUCUGUUCACUUAUACUCUUAAUAAAGUCUGACUCUGAGAUCAGAAUGUGUGAAAUUUUAGAGAAUAAAUAGCGUUUCAAAAUGCAGUAGUUCAUGCAGACCUCUCAUUUCUAUUUAAGCCCCCUGCUGUAAACACAUAUACAGGCGUUGUGACUAACUUUGUUUGAUGUUUAAAAACGCUGCACCUCUAUCUGAUGACUUGACAGAGUAGUCCAGGUCCUUGCCUUGUGCAUCAUUUACAUUUUCCCUGAUUUCUCCUCUGUAGUGUGAAGGUACGGCUCAGCUGUCGUCGCUCAUUAAUUAGUCAGUGAGUUCUGACUCUGCAGAAAUGCCUGACCCCGAUUUCCUCCAGAACUAUCUGCAAACUUGGAUGGAACGCUAAUUUGCCCCCGUGGGGAUAAACCACAGUGAAAGUGCUUAGUAUAAAAUCUAGAUAGAGAAAACACUGUUACAGGUAGCUCUGGUGCGAUAAAUCAGGAGCAGUGUUUUCCUCCCUUGGGGCUAAAUGCACCUUUAAUUGCCCCAUCCCCCAUCACUUAAACAGCUUUAGUUUGAUUUAUGAUUUUAAUCUUUAUAAACAGUAUCCUUCGUGUCCAGCCGCCAAGACACAAGUGAGUUGAGCUCUCUGUUGAUUAAAAUGUUUGUGCACUCAUCCGAGUUUUCUCAAUUAUCAUAGUGGCACAGUGGCACUCUGAGCACUAUGUGCAGUCGUGAGUGCUUUUUGCCCUGUGAUUCAAUUUCUGACUGUAUACAACCUGAAUGGAAAACAAAUUGUCACAUUUCAAGGGAACUACAAGACUUUCAUAAUGCUCCUGCUCCAGUAUCAUGGACAACAACCAUGCUUUGUCAUAUACAUAUAAUUGUAUAAUAUAGUUGAGUUUGUCAUUUUAGCUCUUAAGAAAAUACAGUGACCAUAUAAGCUAUGAUAACUCAACAAACUCUAAACCAAAAUGGAUAUGUUCACGAUAUUCAGACCAUCCAUUCAGUAUCUGCUGAGGUAUGUCUCAGUAGACUAAGAUUGUUUUAUGGAUUACUAAAGACUGUGGCCAGUAUGUUUCCUUUGUCCAGCUCUGUGUUUGUGAGUCAUGCUACCUCUCCUACCAAGGCCAGCUGAACUAAAGACAGUUUGAAUGAAUCGAAAAGUCAAUUACAAACUCAAAGGAUCAAUAAGUGUUCUGUUAUUUACACAGAGCAGAGUCUAAUAAUGAUACAGGGUCUUAAAAACCAAUUUCUUUUUAGUAAACCAAUUUAUUUUCCUCUUAACAGAUUUGCUCUCAUUCUGCCGAGGUAUUUUAUGCAGCAUGUACAUCAUUUUGGGUUAUUUGACAUUUUUCCUCCGCUGUGCUGUUUGAAGGAGUGAACCAAUGAUCAAUGUUUACUGAACUAAAUCACUCCGACUCUGCUUGAACGACUCCACAGGUUUGUUUUGAAUCUGUUCCUAAAGUUCAUUUUUAUUUAAUUUUAUUUACUCCACAUGAGGGACAGAGCGCAUUAAUGUGCAUGGGUAUUCAGAUUGAAGUCAUAGCCGAGUUUAUAGAAGUCAAGUGAAUCAGGUGUUUAAGUGGGUAAGUGUGUGUGCAUUGGUGUGUGCAUGCACAUAUGCAUUGGGCCUGUUGAUUUAAAUUUCUUGUGUGAUUGCACAUAGCCCUGUUACACACAAUUUAAAACAAACAUGUUUAUGCAUUUAAUGUUGCACUAAAGCUGCAAAUAUUGCAUGCAUGCAUGUACGGUUUGACAUGGUAUGUCACAAACUACGCCAUCAGACGACCGUUGAAAGUUGCAGAGCUGAAACCAAGCUUCUAUGAUGGCUCCUUUUCUCUCCUCUUCUCCUCUGUGCACCAGAGAGAGUGAUGUAACUGUCGGAGGGAUGAGAACUUUUAACUGAAAGGCUUGUCCUCGAAGUUUCUGUCCUAAAUGAAGUGUUGUCUCGGUGGGAUUUUUCAUGCUAAAUCAGUCACAUGAGCCCAGCUGCAACUCCUCCCCACUUUCUAAUGUUAACCUCUCACUGUGCUGUAAGAGAUCAAAUGAUCCAGCACAGAAGAUAACUUUUAUAAGUAUUUAAAAUGUGUUGAGUCUCAUUCAUUACAUUCAGAAGAAAGGGGGAUGAAACACACCUACAAAGACCUCUGCUGACUAGGGUUGGGUAUCGAGAAUCGAGAAUCGAUGGGAAUCGAGACUAAAACUUCGAUUCUUCUGGUAUCGUUCAAAUAUUAAAAUUUCGAUUCCAAGUUUCGAUGCCGGAGUCCGCCGACCGGAAGAAAUAGCCGCCAAAAAAUCAACGAAGAAGAAGCCGCUUAACACCAACGAGGACGGAGCGCAUGAGACGAAGCCACACAGUAAGUGAAGAGAGACAGAGAGAGAAAGUACAUUGCAACCCACAGCAAUGCAGCCGCUGUGGGUUACAAUGUACUGUCUCUCUGUCUCUCUCCUCUCUCUGUGUGACUUCGUCUCAUACGCUCCGUCCUCGUUGGUGUUCGGCAGCUUCUUCUUCGUUGGUCAAAAGUUUGGCUAACUUUAGCAGGAAGAAUGAGCUCUUAUCUCAAUGCAACAUUAGCAAUACAGUUAAAUCAUGCAAAGGAGGGUAAACGACAAACAUGAUUAAACACCUCAGGAUUCACGGGGGAGAAAUACCCGAGUGCGCGUCUUUGACGCGCUUCGCCGGUGUUAUGCCAUAGAAUGCACCCCUGCUGUUGAAUGCACCCCUGACGGGAGCGCGGUUGAAAGUACACAACAAGGCGAAACAAUCCAAGUUUUUCUUACCGUUGAACGGAAUCUAAAGCGUGUGCCUUUAAUGAUUUCAUUCAGGCUAUUCAGAUAUGCCGAAAACAAUAGCCCUCUGAUUCUGAAUAUUUACUGUCCGGAAAAUAUAAUGUUCUCUACAUUAACAGCUUACUGUACAGUUUAUAUACCCAAGUACACCUCUAUGUGUGCGUUUCUGAGACACAGAAAAAAAAACGAAAGUUUACUGCUCCAUUUGACAUGUUGUCAUGAUCUAAUACUCGUGUUUUUUUAAAUACGAGAUCAUUGUCUUCCACUUUAAGAAGCUAAUCAGUGGAGGGGUGCAUUCUACAGCACAACACCUGUCUUCCGCUAACCAGUCAGGAUCAGAUAAGUGAAACAAUAAAUGACUUCUGUCCUCUGCUAACUUUGAAGCGGUAAACAAAUUGCACUGAGUACGGUGGGUCAACUUAAAUAUCCACCUAACGUUAGCCCUUGUACUUUUUCAUAGACAAACGACCUGACAACAAAAAAUUAUAUUUAUAUACUGAUUGAAAAUAGCCCUGUGAGAAAUUCAUAGUAAAGUUCCUAAAAAGUUAAUAUGAUUUAAAAAUUCAUGGAGAAGUUCAGAAAUUACAUCCAAAAAGAAGAGCUCCAGUUAGCGCCCUCAUUCAAACCAUGCUUUUUUUUUAUGAUAUCCUGCUUUUUAAAAGAAUCGAAAUAAAGAAUCGAUAGGAAUCGAAUUCGAAAUGAGGAAUCGAAAUCGGAAUCGGAAUCGUUCAAAAUCAAACGAUACCCAACCCUACUGCUGACUUUGUUGAUUUUGGCAUCUUGUGCUCAUGAGGGAACUAUGUAUCUUAAGUCUGUUGGCAGACUUAAUGAGAAACUGUAGUUAUAGGCUGCUUUUUUUGUUGUUCUUUGGUGCUCUCUUUUUUCAAAACUCUUAAAGCUGCAGUAAACAACCCUGAUGAGAGCAGUGAAAACAAACCAGAAGUAAAGUAGUGCGCUCUAAAAGCAAAACAAUGUGCUGAAAGAUGCUAAAAUCUCUGACUAAUUGAGGGAAAACUGGGGGUUUGGUUGGAAGUCUUUUGGUUCACAUACUUGCAGUCAUUUCAUCUUCUGGUAACAUAAAGGCCUUCAUUGAAGCAGCUCAAAAGAACAACCACAGAUAUGCUGUUUGUACCGAGUUGAGUUGGAUUUUUAAUUUCUUGAAAUGGUGGUUUAACUUAAAAGGUAUCCAUGGCAACAAGCGUCAUAAGGGACUCCAGCAGAGGAGGUGACUGUGAGUUCAGAAGUUUGGGUCUCAGGACCAGCAAGUACCAUUUUAUUCUUCGGUGUUAACUGCUCACUUUCACCCCUCUGCAGGCUCUUAACUCUUCUUCAAAGUGUACGUUUCCUCUGCUCUUUCAUCCUUCUCGUGUUUUCUCCCUCCUCGGUGAAGAGAAAUGCUCUGGGGAAAGGACUGCUCACUCCUCUGUUGUGUUGGAUAUUGUGUGCUGGCUGAGAUUGCCUGUGCUGUUUGUGUCUGCCCAUGUUAACACCGCUCACAAUGUCCAACAAGAGGAAGCUGGCAGGGCUGCGUGGUUUAACGGGGCAUGUGCCCUUAGAGAAGACUUUGCUCACACUGCAGGCACCCGGUGGUGCCCUGUAGAACAAUCCAUCUUGGCUCUGUUUGAGAUUGCAUCUUAAAAAUUGUCCCACAUUGAAAUGGCUGUUUCUUUCUGUCCUGCAGAUCUUGUCAGGCUGACCUCUUGUGGACCAGCAGUCUUGUAAACUGUCAGUCAAUAUUUGAUAUCAAAUAAAAGUUAAGAGGCCUAAGGGUUAAACUGUGACAGUAGUUUGACAAAACAAGAUGCCAUAAAUCAUCAAAGAGACAGAAGAGACCAUCAGUAGUAUUCUGCUGCUGCGUUGAGACAGCAUCCGCUCCUUGACCCAUCUGUUUUGUUGGACAUUAUGUCAGGCCCGAACAUUAACGCUGUCUGUUUCGUGGCUCAAGCUUUUUUUCCUUUGCUUUUUUCCAGUGGUGUACGUGUGAGGAGUGUGUUGUUGAGCUGAGGGCUGUGUGACAGGAAUAAGAACGACUCCUGGUUGUCCUCUCAGGGGCUCAGUGGAUCUCUGCAGCUCUGCAGCUAAUUGUCUCCGCUGUUCUGUGUCGGCAUUUUGAAUGCUGAUGCAAUGUUGUUCCUGUCGCAAUACCGGCAUAGAAUCAAGAUGCUUCUCCACCUGUGGAGAUUUACAGAGCAAUGAUUACUUUUAGGAAUCUAAAUGUUAACUCCCUGUUGUAAGUGUUUCUCUUUAUUUCUUUGGAGUGAUCCCAGCAGUGAUCCCUCCCAUUUACCUCUAGAAAGGCACACAUUUCUAUGAAAGUGUUGUGUAAAUCUGUGAACAGAUGAAAGAGCUAACCUUGGUUAAAACACAUCAAAUGGAGACAAUAUGUUUUAUAUUGAACAUCAUCUAUUUAACCAUUAGUUAAAUAGAUCCUUUAUUAUCCUCUUUCUUUAGAGCUCGAGUCACAUUUUGCACCGAUGUGUCUGUGUGUUGCUUACAUGCUGACAGCAUGGCCAACAGGGUCACUGUGAAAUUAAUGUACUUAUCGCUCCUGUGAGGAACUAUUUUGUCUGUGUCGACUUUGGCACCCCCUGUGGACUAAGUGGUAACCAUUUUAUCAUUGUUGAUUUUGUCACGUCCUUUAAAAAUGUUGAUGAUUAACAAAAAUCUCCUCCCAUUGUCCCCUAAAAUUAAAUUAGCAGAACACUCUUAGCUGUCUAUAUGUUCAGAGGCAAAGACACCAGGGUUCAAGUCCUGCUUGGUGCCUCAUUUAUGAAGCUGAGCUGUAACUGAGAUAAAAGAUGGAGACUAAAGUAAAUGUGACUGUUGUUGAAAGCCCAACUCUAUUUCAGGUGUACUUGAAUAUCUAUCUUGUUGUAACUUUUACUGUGUAAUCAAAACAAAAUUGCUGCCUAUUAUUUUUCUGAGGAUCAUCUCAAACUUCCUCUUGAGGGAGUAUCUCAUGCCUGUGAAGCAGCAGACACACACACACACACACACACACACACACACACACACACACACACACACACACACACACACACACACACACACACACACACACAAUGAGCAAACAUCACCUGGCUGGUUUAGUUUGAUAGCACAGUUUUUAAUUUGGCUGUUGACCAUUGAUGUAAUGGUUAGGACACAGUUUAAACUAAAUAUGAUUUAAACUGAAAGGAUUUGAUUGGCUGUUAAAAAAAAACACAUAAACAAACAUGUAGAAGAUGAAAUGGUGUUGACAUUGAUGGUGCUGAUUUUUCUUGGAUGGCCUCUGUAUGGUAAUACCAGUUUUGCCUAACUCUGGAAAAUCCUCUGUGACAACUUGAUUCUCUCGAAAAACUGAUCCAUUCCUUUUGCCCAGAUCAGAACUUUUGCUCAAUGUUAAUAUUUGGCUCGGGUGCAACUCAAAUUAAGGCCUCGUAGGGUUGGGUAUUUUAUACAGUUUCCCGAUAUGAUACAUAUCACAGUACAAUAUACAGCAUCAUAUGUUUUGGCUCCAUCCAAAUCAUUAUCCAAAUCUAAAUCACUACACACAACACUUUCUUAAACCUCAGUUUCUGUUUUAAGGAGCUUUUAUGACUUGGCAAAGCUGGUAGAUGCUGUAUGAUGUAUGAACAGCUGUUUUCAUUGGAGUAACUUACCUUUAAACUCAGUUUCUGUUCAUCUUUGCUCUUUAAGGGCAGGUUUUCUAUGACAGCAGAAUUUACCCACAAGUUGGAAAUAAUUUAAAAGGUGUUUGUUUUGAAUUCUGAGUUUGUGCUGUCAGUGUUGUUGCCACUGUCGUCUUGAACUUUCAUGUAAAUGGUGAAUGUCACAGAGGCUUGGGUGAGGAUGUUUCCCACUGAAAUCAGAUUCAGAUAUCCAGUUGGAAGUUGUGCUUACCUGAAGCAGAUAUUUAUGGUAAAUAAAUGAAUUAAAUUUCAUUCACUUUGACUGUAACUGGCAUAUAAUUCUGUCAGUGCCUCAGUUUAAUACUGAAAUGCACUCCUGUACUUGCUGUGAUUGACAGGUAAAAUAUGCUGGCUUUUCUUAAUUUAUCAUAACUGUGAGUCAGCUGAACGCCCCUAGAUCUAUCUGUGUUUGUUUCUGUUUGGCACACUCGCCGUGUUGCAACUGAGUUGCAUUUUAAUGACUCAGCAAAAUCCAUUUUCGAGCUUCCUUUGCCCCUCUCUUGGUAUUUGCAGGCCACGGUGGUUGUGUUCACUGCCAGCAAACACAUCUUUGAAGCUGAGUUCAUGGACUACAACAGUCUGUCCUGCGCUCCAUGUCCACGAGACAGAAGGCUGCCUAGAUUCGGUGAGAUAAUGAGUAAUUUUGGGGAGGAAAAAGUAGAGGGAUGAUAUCUUCUGCUGUUCUGGGGACAAGUGUGAACUCAUUAUGUCAGACUUACACAGGACUUGAAAUGAGCAAGACAUAAUGAUUUUAGGAUUCCAUGCAAUAGUGAUAGUUUACAACUAAAUCCAGCCAGUGUGCAAAAAUAUUGCCUUAUUGCUAUUUUAAUGUAUCCAAAAUGAAAGAAUGAAGUCCUCUUUGCCUCAAACCACACAUUUGGAAAUGAAAUACUAUGCAGUUAUUAACUGAAUUCCAUCAAAACACAAUAGGAUUUAUAGGAUUUGCCCUACUUUAUUGUCUCUUAGGCUGUGCAUUGGCAUAAUAACUCAAAUUAAUAGCCAACCAAAUUCCUGAAUGUGUUGGCAGGCAUUUAGUAACAUAGCCUGGAGCACUGAUGUGUUUUUUUUUCAUGCUGAAUUUAAAGCUUGCUGUCUCCCUGCACAGUGAAAAGCCUUUCAGUGGUGCUGUUUAUGACACAACCCUGAGUGGGAAGAAGGGUUAGAGGGGGCAGACAGGUCAACAUGCAUCUGCAGUAUUCAUCCGUGUCAGGUCAGAAAUUCUGGUAUGUGUUUUUUUAUGUUAGAAUAUUUUGAUAUGUACACCUUUCUCACUGGCUUUCUAUUUCACUGCCGUUCAUAAGUGAAGGGGUACUUGUAUGUGACUGAUUUCAUUGUUAAAAAGUUCGAAAAGGCAAAUUUUCAAUCAUUUCUCUGCCACGGUCAGGGAUAAGGGGCAGCUGGGGCUCAGUUUGUUGAGUCAGUAGUGGUUAGAGGUUUGAUCCUCUAGGUCCUGCUAUCCACAUACCAAAGUGUCGUUGGGGAAGACGCUCAACCCUACCUGCCCUGACUGGCUGCACUCAGUAGUUAGUAAAUGAGAUUACUUAAAACUGAUUGGCUCUACACAUAGCAGCCUCUGCCAUCAGUCAGUACGUUUACAUGACACUCGAGAAAACCGAAUUAUUGCCGUAUUCCGAUUAAGCCCGGACAACUGAAGUGCAUGUAAACACCUUAUUCUGUCUAUAAUCGGAGUUCUCAAACUCCGAUUGGAGUCGGAGAACUCCGAUUAAGACACCCAGAUAAUGCAAUUGGAAUUCGAUUUUCUCUGCCAUGUAACCAGCUUAUUCAGAGUAUGAUCGGACAUUGCGUGUGCGCCACGCCCCCCAUAAUUCCAGAACAAAAACACCAGAGAAGAGGAGUAGCAAAAGUAGUGCGUACAUCAUGUAUGACAAACACAACGCUGUACAAUGCCCCAUCUUCUUGCUCGAAAAUGCCCAGCAGCAGUUGUAGUCACUUCUGACGUCUGGCACUGACCUGGUGUUGUUGACGGUUGUAUGAGGUCGGAAACAGCACCACUGAAAAGACCCAUAUCGCCCCCUAGUUUUGGGGAGGAGGGAGAAUUAUGCGCUUAAGCUGUGCAUGUAAACGCACUGAGUGUGUGAAUGUGGUAUGAAUGGGUGGAUAUAACGUGUGCACUUGAGUGGCCAGAUGUAUGGUGGCCAACAAAGGCAAAUGAUCUGCAACGACACGAACGAUCUUCAUUACAAGAAACCUGCUGCAAAUAAAAAACCUGCCACAAAACGUUAAAACAACUUCAUGAACUGCAAAAGUGCUGCAAAUACUCAAGGAAUACAAGGCAAAAACACACAAACAAUGAAAGCAGCUGCAAAGAACGAUAAAAAAGUGCUCCAGGCCCAUGGGGUCCUUGGUUGACAGGGUUGCUGCUUAAUAAACACCCAGUUCAACAGUCAGGAGAACUGAACCUGAGAGCCUCCUGCUCAUCUGGGCCUUCUCAAUCACCGGUGUCAAAGUUCAGAUCGGACCUGCUGUAAACUUUUUGGCUGUGGUAUGAAUGAUUGGUCAUUUUAGGUGCUUUAUGAACUGAGCUUACUUUCGUGUUGCUUUGUGUUACUCUCUGAGCUUUGAUAUAUAUGAUAUGAUAUGAGUUUGCACUGAAGGAUGCUGUUGUACCAUGUGGUGCUGGAUAGAAAAAAGAAAACUGGCUGUGUCCAAUUUGAAGUGGUUUGCAGAGCUGUGUUUUAUACCCUCUAAAAAGAAAAAAAAAGCUGAAAAGAAACUGUUUUAUUUGGUUCUCCAGUGUUUUUUACUCGCUAACCUUGCUGCUGGCGUGGAGGCUAUGAUCUGCAUAAAACUUAAUGUUUGUGCUCUAUACUCCGUUAUGCAUUAUUAUGUAUCAUUCAGGGACCACACAUAAGACUUUAAUAUGCUAUUUUCUUCUUCUGUGUUUUCCAAUUAAACAUCUUCUAUUAAAUAAAGCUUCAACUUGAAUAAAAAAAGCGUGCUGCAUCUUGAUAUAGAUUAUUUGUCUCACACUUGAAAAGCUGACAGAGGUUAUGCCUUUAAACUGCUUCAGACUUGUGUAAACCUUGCAGAAAAUGCCAACAGAAGAAAAGAGAUUCUAUAAAAAAAUCUUUUUUUAUUCAUCCUGCAGGCACUUGUUUCCACGGGAGCUGUCUUGUUCUGGACCUUUUGAGCUUUUGUCUCUACCAGGUUUCAACUUCACAACACAGUUUCCAAAAUCUCUUCCUUUUCACACCUCAGUUAUAAUUUUAAAAGCUAAGAGCCAAAGUCUAAGUAUUUUGACCUAUACAUCUAGUUCUCUUUAAAUUAUCUUAACCUCUGUCAUACUUCCUUACUCUCUGCAAACACCAUCAUUUCUCUGCGCAACAUCAGAGUGGAUAAUCAUGCUAUUUGUCACCCGUCUUUGCUCAUCUACCCCCAGCUGUGCAGUGUUACUGUAAAUGCGCCUCAUUGAGAUAAUAUCUUUAAAUGAACUUAUUUCCAGAUCCUGCUCUCUGAAUAUUCAGUCAUGCUUUUGAAAGGGUAUUUAUCUUUUGCUGAGGAAUUUUAUGUCAUGAUGCCACCGACACCUGUUCAUAUUUCUGUGAUUGAUUAACUCCUUUUGGCUUUUUUUGUUCUAUGAGAGCCUGGUCUGAUCUGAGGAGGGGACAAGGUGAAGGUAACAUACUGAGAAUUUGCAUCAGGGUGCUGUGAAGCUGGAUUUUGAUCGUGUUUUUAGAAAAACAUCAGAGAAAAAUAUGCUGGGUUUUUCACACUGAAUACUUUGAAAUUCCACCAAUUAUGUUUGAGUCCUGCCACAGACUAUUGAGCUGUCAGCUUAUAUCUGAAAGGAGUAAGGCAGCUCUGGCAACACUGCAUGAAUACAAAGUGUUAGUGGGAAGAAUUAAUUGUUAUGUUGUGCAAUCUUGUGAGUAUCUCAUCAUAUUCACUGUACUUAAAUACUAUUUCCUCACUCCAGAUUUUGGUGCUUAUCAAAAAGUCACAUAUAUGAAACAUUUCCUGCGAAAAUAAAAGGUUUGACAGUUAAUCAAACAUCAAUCAAAACCAACAUGCAGACCACUAAUCAACAUAACUUUGCAUAAAAACUGCUUUUUUUGAAUAUUUUAGCCUUUAAUUUUUAAACACCCGGCACUAUUUGCAGUUAUUUUACAGGUCUUAUCACCCAUUCAACACAUGUAAUGGUUUAUGUGAGUAUGACAGCCUUUGACCUUUGCACUGCCCUUUCCAGUUUUUCUAAUAAUAACUACAAUUUACUUCUACCAAGCCAGCAAAAACGUGCAUAUUUUCUUAAAAUGUUGCCCGACAUUAAAUGAUUUAAACACAUAUGAGCAACUGUGAAAGUUAUACAGCAGGCUGAAGGGUUUGUGAAUGAUUUAUGAUGAGCUUAUUAUUAUCUUACGCUCUGACUUUCUCAUUCCUGCUUCUUCUGGAGGUUUGUGCUCCCCACUGACUGAUACACUUCCAAGCUGUAUGUGUGUUGUGUUGUUUUGUGUUGUGUAUUCUGUGUUUCAAGUCCUGUGUGGGUGUUUAAUCAUUGCUCAUGUGUCAAGGUUAUACGCAUUAGAUGAGUAGAGGGCUGUGCAUGCCUGCAGGUUACAACGCUGGGAAAUACAGUUGUGCAGAGGCGUAGGUGAAGAAAGGGAGACUUUUUCCAUUUAAAGCAUCAGAUUUUCAUGAAAAGAGAGUUGACAUGAAUGAAUUCUGUGAUGGUCAGCAUUUAUAUGAAAAUAUAGUUAUAAAUAAAAAUGAUACAGUUCGUUCAUGAGUGCUUUUCAAGAAAGGUCACCAUCCAAAUACUACAGCAGUAUAGAUAGAUUUGGGGCUCUAUUUUCUUCUCUUUGACUACUGCACGAAAAUUGUGAUACGCCUCGCCGAUGGCAGAUUUAAAGGCGAGGAGAGGAGCUGAUGUUAUUGGUCAAUACAGGUCUCAGCUGUGUUAAACCCAUAGACUGUAUAUAAGAUGGACAGAGUCUGCCUCCUCGCUGGGUGAAGCCACUCCGAGAACAGCACCCUCUGAUGGUGGGCUGCAGUACAGAUCAUAAAUCCCGCCUCCGCCAGCAAAGCUUAUGGGACUGUGGACAAACUUUAGAAAUUUAUUACACAGAACAUACAUUUUUCUCCCCCCUGCUUGUGAUGUUGACAUGUAGUUAUUGUAAGACUGGUUUGUGCCCAAGUCCUUUUUUUUCUGUACAACUCCAUUUUUAAAAGUUAUUAGGGGUUCAUGUUUUCUAUGAUUGACACCUGGUACAGCCUAUGGGCGUUCAGGGAUUGCGUAGCUCUUCCGGGGGGAUACGCUGUUUGAGCCGAGCGUCAUCACAGGGACUCUCGGCGACUGCGCGGCCGAAUGCGCACAACGCUACUGCGCAGCUCUGGUUUCAAGGAAGUGGAGAAAAACCCGGAAUUACAGAGAGCUUUUUGGCUUCAAAUCCGUAUACAGGCGGAAGGCGGAACCACGGUGUCCAUCUUAUAUACAAUCUAUGGUUAAACCCACUCCAUGCCCUCUCUCCUCCCUCGGUACGACUUAUGCCGCUGGGAGGAGCUGAGUUAGGGAGGGGGGAUACUUACGCCGGGCUGCGCUGCUCACCAAAAUAUCAAAUUGUGCUUGGGGGUUUUCAUCUCUAGACUUGAAGUUAAACAAACUGCGAGUGGUCAGGUAGGUAUGACUGGAAAAGGGUGACUGGAGUGCUGUUAUUCCUGGCAUUUCCGAUUCGGGAUGCACCAAUCCAAUAUUUGAUAUCAGUAUCAGUAUCGGUCCUGAUAGUGAAGAAAAUCUUAGAUCAGGUAUCGUGACAAUGGGCCCGAUGCAUAAGGGCCGAUCAAUUCAGUCUAACUCUAUCAUCCCUUAAUUUAUGAAACUAGUUAGUGAAAAUUUAAAGUUGGAAAACUUCAGUAGAUUUUUUUUUUCAACAGAGUUGUUUGCAAAAGAAGAUCACCCUAAGUAAGGGAUUAUGCAGGAUGAAUGACAAGUUAUGGAAAUCAGCGUCCCCGUGGUGAACUUCAAACAUCAGCAUUUUUCUGUUGGCAUUUUGAGCUGAUGCAUCAAAUGACAGCAGCCUCUAAUUGAGGUCUUCUGCCCCAUAACCUUUAAAGUCUGGCAUUUUCUCUAUACUUAGCUAUAGCUCUUUAACUCUUAUAAAGUUAAUUGCCUGUUCUGUUUUGUGUUGUGUUGUGUUGCUUCAUGUCUGUCUUCUUCAUUCUGGUUAACGUGUCUUUUAUUCGGUUUCCCCCAUAUUUGAAUGUCAUGUGCUGUUCCUGAGUGCCCCACAUAUAGAGGCUAUGGUACUUAUUGCUGCAUGUCUUCCCCCACUCUGAACUCCCCACAUUCCCUGUCUUUCUUCAGUUGUCCUGUCAAAUAAUAACAAAAAUACCCAAAAUUAUAACUUUAGCAGCCAGUUUGAUGUCUUUGGUUUUCAGCAGGAUGUUUUGCAACCUUUCCUGACAUAAUAUAUCACUCUUAGUUUGUGAAAAGAUGUCUGUUCUGAGUCUUCUGUCCUUUUUCUCUUCACAUCCACCCACAACAGAAACACAGCUGUCGAGGAAAAGGAUAGUUCAGCAGGUGUGAAGCUGUUCUGGUGAAAACGGAAAAAGAAAUGCUUGUAUUUGAUCCUAGAUAUUGAGGGAAAUGUUUUUUUGUGCCAUCUUUUUGAACCGCUGGGUUUUUCUCAAGUUUCUCUUCUUGUUUUAGCAGUAUGUCCUCCACUCUUUAUCAAAAGAUCAGUACAAGAAGAAACCUGUUUUACUGCUGCUCCUCCUCAGGUUUCCAUUCACAAAACUAUUCUGGCAGCCUCCUGACUCUUAUGACAGUGACUGCCACAUUGUCCCCAAAGGAAAUAAACCAAUUCAUCCAACGCUCAAGUGUGCUCAUGGUGCAUUCUGGGGAGUAUGAGGAGAGAUAAUGAAAAUUCUUUUGUGCGGAGGAUACAUUGCCUUGAUACCGGCAGUGAGCAUGUCAGUCUGUGUUUGCACAUCUGGUGCUGUGAUAAAAUAAGACAAUUUUAAUCUUGUGCUUGCAUGCAUGUUUGCCUCUGUGUGUGUGUGUGUGUGUGUGUGUAAAGAAAGCCUGCUGUAUGUGUGAGCUCUGAAACAGCACACUGCCCUUCUCAAUCCUUGUCAGAGUGCAAGCUCUGCAGACGCAGGGCGCCUUCAUCCAUUAUGGGUCGUGAUCAGUAACACGUUUGACCUGCUGUCUGCUCGGUCAGGGCAGCAGUAUCGUCUGUAUGCGCUCUUAAAAGAAGGCGCUGCUGUCUAUGGUGUCAGAGAGCUGAGUUUUUUGUUUCAGUCCUGCUCUGAGGCUCUGUUCAUGAUGUGUAGAUAAAGUCCUACCACAGAGAUAAGUGUUUUUGCAAAGUAUUGAGAGUCGCGUUUGAACUGUUUUUUACAUCUUUUUACUAGAUCUAAUUUAACCACAACAUGAAACAUGAACAGUAUUUCCUACCCUGUCGUAGUGGGCUGAGUGGUUACUCAACCAGGUAAUAACACCCUGCAUUAGCGGCACUCUAUGAGUUAAUCUCUUAAAUGGGCUGCGAUUAAAACGUCUAAGAAGCUGAGUAGUUGUUUGGUGGAGUGACCUCUGGGUAUUUACUUCAAAUCGACUCUCAGGGAAAAUCUCACAGCUUUUAUUUCUGCCACUUUGCAUGAAUGAAAAAACACUCCACUGCUGGAAUUUAUUGACCUCACUCAAACGAAAAAUCAAUGUUACACGGUAUAUUUGAUUUCUGUUGUUUGAUUUUCAAGUGUUUUGUUGCUUUGAAAGAAUUAAGACAUCCGUUUUACACACUUGUAUUCAAUAAAAAAGUGUCACAAAGGAUUUGUCAUAUCAGACUUAAGUCGAGUAGACAUUGACAUUCGGACAAUCUUAACACUCGUCAGAGAAAGCAGGCUUCAGUUUCAGCUGUCAUGUGUGAUUAAAUAUUCCAGAUAAGUGCACUGUGACUGAUUUGAAUCACCAUGGCAGUGUUUUUGAAAGCAGGUAGAGGGUCUUGAAUACCAGGGCUCAAAAUCUCAUAUUGUUUGCCAUUAGUAAUGCAUUAACUUAAAUGUACUGUGGGGAUUACUUUCUCAUACCGAUGCCUGCCAUCAGGUUGGAUUUUCCACUAAAUAAGCUCCAUGAUGGGUCCAUAUUAAGCACUUAUUUGAAGGUUUCUACAUCUAGAACUGGUAAAUUUUAGCAGCGGGCUAACAUUGAUUUUGUCUGUAAGUGAAGGUUUAACCCAAAUAUCACGUUGUCUGAGUCAUAUUGUUGUUUUGCAGUUCAGUCUUUUAAUUCACCACACCUUCCUCCAGUGUUUUUGGUCGUCUCCUCCUGGUAAUGACAUUUCAAAUUCAUGCUCACACUGUUUUAUAAGCACAGUGAUGUAGAUUGAUCAAUCUACAUGGUCCAUUUUUGUUCAUUCAGCCUGAAAAUAUCUCAAAAAGAGUUUUUGUAGAUUCACAGUCCUCAGAGGAUAAAAACCUGCAGAAUCUGAUGUUCCCUGAUUUUUCCUCAAAGAUUAAGGUAAGGGGUAUAGAUAUAGUCUGCAUCUCAGAGGAUGGCCUAUCUGGUUCAUUGCAGUGUACCACAUAUAAGCUUAAAAUCUGAAAGUUUUAUUUGAGCAACAAACGCACAAAGCUGAGCAGGAAAACACUGACAGAUUACCAUGAGGUGAGAAGAUGAGCUUAAUCACCUGGGAUCAGAAACCAUGAAAAAAGAAGAAAAACAUGGACUGCAUGUCUGUAGUUAGCAUGUCAGUAACUCACCUUAUCCAAACAGUGUAUGGUUGUAGUUUUUUUUCAGGGGCAUCAUGUCAGAUUCAUCCUCAGAGAACAUAUGAGCCCACCUUGUUUUGCUUUUUUGCAAACUUUUUUGAGACUACCCUGUUUUAAAAUCCCUGCAUGAUUUACUCCAUCGUCAGUAACAGUGCAGAGGUGCACAGAAUUCAUGUGCUAGUUUUCUUAGGGUUGAUGAAACUAUGUCAAGUUUAAUCCUUUAUACCUGCAGCAAAUGUGACAUUAUCUCUUACCAGGCAGCAAAAGUUCCGUAUUGGUUGAGCACGUGGCUCUCUGUAUUGCUAUCGUGCGGUCGUUAUGGUAUAACUAGAGAACCAAGCGGUCGGCAACAUUCACCUCUCGACGGGGUGUCUACCUCGGUGUCAAGGUGUGUUUGACCCUAACUUAAUUUUACGCCGGAAUAUCCCUUUAAUUCAUUUUCUUGCUCAUAUAUGCCCAACCCUUCACCAGAAUGUGUAACUGACUGUGCAGCACAGAUUUGAUGAUGAAUUAAAAAAGCAUUCAUUCACAGAGUCAAUCAGAGCUGGUUCGAAGUUUUCCCUUCACACCACAAAGUGUAAGGCUACACAUACAUUACAAAGACAUGACUCACUUGCCUCAUUGUAAGUACCUGAUGCUGAAUUUUAGCACCGACAGCCUGCUGCAAAACAAACAUGAGCCAUAUCUACACACAAAUAAUUUUCCUUCGAUCAUUUUUUCCUCUGUAUUUGCAGCUCUUGUUCUGGAGAUGACCUGCUUUCAGAUUUGAUCUAAGGUUGCAGCUGUGGUGCAAGUUUGGUUUAAUUAUUUUCAAUAGAAACCCCAAUUCUCCACCCUCUCUGGAAGCUUAUUUACAAAUGUUAAUUAACUGUGGUCUCAGGGCUGUCUCUGCUUAGUUCAUUUUUAAACCAGUCGGUAUUAGGCUCUGAUUUGAUUGAUGUGGAGCUGGUGAGCUGCUGGCUCCCCUUGGCAUAGUCCUGACUAAUCACAGCAUGGUAGUGCCAUGACCACCGCCCCAUCUGAUUGGUUCAUUCUCUCUUCUUCCCACUGAGAGAUGCCGACUUCAGGGAUGAGGAAGAGGCAAAUUAGUUCAUGUUCAUUGUCGUCCCCCUACAAAUCUACCACACCACAUUAAGAGGGAUGCUGUUGCACCUGUUGUAAUUUGUGGAAAAGGGGAAAGAUUAAAUUUUGCAGUGACAGCACAGAGAAAUCACCUGAACUCAAAAUGCCUUAUUAAAAUGAAACAAAACAGGGCGAGCCAGUGUUUCCUUGUCCUCCAGGAGAAAACACCACUCCUCAAGAUCUUUCUGCAAACCUACAUAUAUUCAACUACCAACUUACUACUAAAACUGCAGUAAAAAGCUGGCACAUUAUCAAAGGAUGCUAUAACAAAUUAUUUAAUUACGUUCCACAUGCUAUAAACCUAAGUUUGUUGAGUUGUAAACACUCGUUUUUAGGAGAACCUGUCUCUCCUCAUUAUUUAUACAAGACAGUCGUUUAUUUGCUGCCAACAUGUUUGACUGAGAUGAGCAGAGGUAUUAUCUCUCUGUGUACCUGGUUUCUUUAGGAGCUGUAAGUCUGCUCUGCUCUAAUGAGCUUUCUUAGUCUGUAGUCAAAGAUAUCUAGCAGAUGUCUGAGUUUACUACAGCAGUUUUACACCCUGGCAGACACCAGAUGGUAAAAGUAUGAAGAACUGUGUUUGCAGAGAUUGUUCAUAAAUUAUUUGAGAUAUAAAUUUGGUUUGGUUUAAGGUGUUUGUGUUUGUCUUGCAGCUGUCUGAGCAGACAGAACUGUUUGACUUGGUUUCUAAUUGGAGUUUAAUGUCUAGAUAAACCGUCAGACUCAGGUAAAACCUCAUGCAGAAUAAACCUCAGACCAAUAGACAGAAGUGUGGAGCACAUUAAGUUUCUAUUUGCAGAAAGUCUCUGGUGAUUGAGGCUACGUUCCAGAUUUUUGGCACAGUUUCACGGCUCUAAUUUAGCGUGUCCCCUCAUUUCUUAAAAGGCUCGGCUCAGGAUGGCAGUAAUGGCUCAAUGUGAGAUAAAUUACACGUCAGUAAUAUCUUGAGGCCAAAGUCGACAGUGCUGUUAAAAAAGUGAGAAUGACAUCCCUGUUGACCUGUGUGUGCUAAAAUUAAACAGUUUAAUCAAAUGAAACCUUAAAACUACUUCUGCUUUUAAUUCAAAAACAUUCAAGACCUGGAAAUCAGCUAAUUUACUCACUUUUAAAAAGAUAGAACCAAAAUUAACUUUUCAUCAUAAACCUAUUUGUGCAUUUUUCCUCUCUAAUCAACAUUUUUUAGUUUGCCUGAUUUGGUUAAUAUCAGGUCAAAUAGAGAAAUUUUAACUUAUGCAAAAGGAAAGAGAUAAAACUGAUCCCGGAUCCCGGUGUAACCUGAAAGUCGCCUGUUUCUGUAUCAUUUAUCAGCUGUAAUGACGGCAUGAUAUGCCUCUUAUAUUCAUUCUGUAUGUCCUUGAUGUUUCUGUUAAUGCCACACCAGUGUUGACGUGUGGAUCAAUAUCUGUAGGAAGUUUAGGCUAAUACAGGUCUCCUAAAUACAGCUGACAGUGCAUCUUCCCUCUUCAAUAUUCCCAUAGUGACCCUCACCUUCACUCUGUCUGUGACUUCCAGCCAAGUCAGACAGAAACAACUGAAAAAUUCAGCUCAAAAUGACCUCAAGAAUAUGGGAUGAAUCUGAGGAUUUGUGUCUCAGCAGGAUUUAAAUAUAAAUUGAUAGUUUUAUACCCGUGAAUAGAUGCUGAAUAUACAUUUUGAAUCUGUAUGUGUGGAAUCUGAUUUUGGUAAUGGAGGUUUUCUGGUUCCCCUUAAUAGUGCAGGUGGUAUUAUCUGUUUUAUUAUAGCAGGCAUUAGCCAAAUGCAAAAAGUCAGUAUAGGGGUUUUAACAUAACCCCUGAUGCAAACCUAGGACUGACCUGCAGUUAUCUAACAACAUUUUUGAAAAAUAUUUUUAAAUAAUUAUUUAUGUCGCACUUUUAAAACAAAUGAUCACACAGUGUUUUACAGUCACAAAAAACAAGCAGCAGAAGUCCGAUUAUCUUACACAUAUAAAUGUAAACCAACUAAGCUCUAAACAAACAACCAUAAGGGUCACUCACAGACUCUGCACUGAUUAGCCCAGAUAAUGUUAAUAACAUUAUCUGGGCUUCUUAAACAGUAACUUCAUUAUAGUCCUCUUCACUCGCACUGUGUUGGAAAAAUGCAUCACUCACACAGGAAAAGUUUUGAGAAGACAAACAGACAACUGACAUUAAGGUGCAAAUGAAAAAUGGCGUCAUGCAGGUGAAUUAAUGUUUUAAAAUUUCUCUAAAUUAAGAAAUAUUUUGUGUGUCUUUGGUUUACAUCUGAAUUAUGAUGAUAUGAAACAAAAAGGUCAACAAGCCUUAUUGAAGUUCUUCCCAAGAGAAACUUAACACUAUUAAUUAUAAAUUUAAUAUAAACAGUCAUUGUUUUAUUUUUUUAAUCUUCAGGUUUAUUUCUAUGUCACACUUUGAAACCCUAUCUGAUCAUAUUUUCUAAAUGACUCGUGUUUUAGAUUUUCUAUGAAGUGCACUGAAUUGUAGUUUCUUUUAAAGGUGCUAACAGACAAACUGGCUUUGCAUUUUCUUACGCUCAGACUGUAAGUUGAAGGUGAAGGUACAAUACUGCAGAGCUUGUUCAGAAACUGUACAAGGCAGGAGUUCUCAACUUUUCUACAAAUAGCAAGUAUUUAUCUGCUCCCCCGCUUGACUGUGAACACGUUUCACAAGAUAUGAUAUGAAGCCAUUAUGAUUUACUCAUUUGUAUUUGCAUGAUGUCAAAUUUAAUGUUAUGUUUAACAACUUAACAAAGACAUACAAAUAAAGUUAGGCCAAAUGCUGGGACAUCAUCUGUCUACAUGCAAAGUGUGUGUGAACACAUGAAUCAUCCACUGAUUAUUGCACAGAGCUGAUCACUCUAGGCUGCAUUGUAUUUGAAGCAGUGAAGUCUACCUGAUGUUCACUUUGAGCAUGUUUUUGCUGCACAAAAACAUAUUUGAACAAUUGAAGCUUUGUUUGUUCUCGAGUGUCUCAUCUUAAUUUUUAAAAAUCACUUAACAUCAAAUUGGCACUUCUAAAUGUCAAUGAACACGAACGCAGCAAAACUCUCAUCACACAGCAAGGUUGAGAGGAAAAAGUUUGAUGUAAAGCAGCGAGGACUCUUUGUAAAUGCACAGCUCGAUCCCUGGAGCAUGAGGGUUAGAGGAAGGACAGAGAGAACAGGUGCACAGUGGUUUGGCUUCCUUUAAUGUCAAACACAUCACUGCCCUUCUCCUGAAGGAAAGCCUGAGAGACUCCUCCACCAGGUCAGCACUGCUGUCUUUCUUCCUUUUAUUUUGUUUUAGAGCUCACUCCCUUUUUGUCAUUCGUUCAUCUUCCCAUUUCUCCUGAAAUCCUGUCGACAUCCUUCUCUUUUAUUGUUUUUAUCCACUGCCUAUCUUGUUCUCUUUCUUCUCUACCAGAGCAUUAAAGCAGUGGUGAGCACUGGCGGUAUGGUUUCCUCUUUAAUGUAACUCUUACAGGUUUCCUGCUCUAAGGGCCACUUCUCUAUUGUGGCAUCUCUGUAAUGGAGCCCCUGGGAGCCUGAUCCACAGUCUCUAAACGAGACAGGAUUUACACGCCUGAGACCUGGUUGUGAACAUUUUCACAGCAUCUCUGGGUCCAGGGGCAAUAAGAUGGCAGCCUGCAGACUGUGAAUAUCUUACAAGGGGAAAGCUGUCUCUUUGUGGGUUUCAGAGGCAUGUAGUGGACACAAAGAGACUGUGAUGGGCAGUAGAAGUGAUCUUAUGCUUGAUGAGAGCAUGUUGUAGCACAGCUGAAUGCGAGAAUCUGUUUUUGGAGGGAAUUUUCCUGUUGAAGGAGAACUCAAAUAGUGCUCAAGUCAAGCAAAAAUAAAAUUCAACAAAUAAUAUCACUGGAUAAUUAUUUUUUAGAGGAAACUGAAGAACUCUCUGCUUGAGUUAAUUUGAUCAGGAGUAUCAUUUUCCUCACAGACUACAAAGACUGGUGCCUUUGCUCGCUCAUGUGCCUGUGUUAAUGAGAUAGUUCCUUUUUUUCAAGUGGGGUCGUAUGAGGUACUUAUAAAUGUAAGUUAAUUUCCCACAGGGGAUCCUGCUCAGCUUUGUUGUUGAGAGACAUCCGGAAAAAAAACGAAGCAGAAAUGAGUUCACUUUACCACUUUACCAAGCUCAACUCAAACAUACUAAGGUUGAUGUAGUUAAUGUACACUAUAUUAAGCACUUUCUUUGCUGUCAGGAAGCCACUUUGUUUCAGCAACAAGCACAACAGGCACAUGAGUUUCUCUGCCUGCAGCACACUGAUCAGUGGGUUGGGUCUGCAGGUUGGAAAAAGACAAAAAAAAUACAACAAAACAAAAACUGGAUUGAUUCCUGCUGCAAUAAUGAUAUGCAAUUAGUGCAAAGAGAAAUAACAAGGUUCAAUGGACCAAAGACAAGAGAAGGAAAAACUCUAUGCAAACCAGAGAGCUGGAGAGAUCCACCUGCAGAUGUGUAAACUGUGAGCCCACAAACAAAAAGAACUACCAUGGCCACAGGGAUUGGUAUUGAUUGUAUUUUAGGACCUUUCUGAAGCCGAGGAUACCAGUGGCUCACAUGCAGCUGCAGUCUAAAUCACUGCAGAGUUUGCUGUUGCACUGAUCUUCUGACCGUUACCCCCUGUUAAUAAGUGAAAGAAUACUUGAAAAUUUAAAGGGAAAUAUAUCUUCAACCUGCACAGGUUAGAUAAUAAAAAUACACUUAUAUUUAACCAAUACCCCAUUUUAACACAAUUUAUAAAGGAGCAAUUUAUAACAACAAACCAGGAUUGGGGGCCAAAAGCAGGACUAAGGAACCAGAUAAAAGUUCAGACUAGGUCUUAUUUAGGCAAGGGUUUGGUACACAGGCAGAGGUAUUCGAAUCGGCAGGCAAAAAAUCUGUCCAAAAAACACUCUGUUAGUCAAAAACAGGAAGGCAAACACUAGGAAACUGCUGGAGCGUUUCACAUGAGGGAACAAGACAAACUGGCACAGAAGGGAAAGAAGGCUGAGCUUAAGUACAAACAGGGAGUGGAGAUAACAAGAUACAGGUGGACCACAUUAGGGCAAUCAGGGAGCAGAGCACACAAGGGCAGGAAGUUAAGAGCCCUGAAACAAAAGACACAGGCAAGUUUCAAAAUAAAACAAGAAGAACAUGACAUGAAACAUGAGGAAGGGUAAAUAAUGAACUUAACUAAACCAUAGACAUGACACAGUUUUCCUUAAAUGUGUCCAACUAUGAGCUGGUCAGUCACAUUUGAAAGUAAUAAAAAAAAAAAUAACUUGGUCAAAGUAUGUCAGGAAUAAAUUAGAAAAGAAUUGGUUCACCAAGCUUAAAAUAGACAGAACCACCAUGUAGUAAGAUUUUAGAAUAGGCAUAUUUAAAGUAAAAUUGAGUUAUCUGUGAGUAAACAAAACUUUCAAAGAGUCGGAUAAGAGUAAAGAUACCACUCUGAUGUCUGUGUGCUAACUUUUAAGCCUGUAAUAAACAGAGAUUAGCCUAGCAGACAGACUGAGCCAGAGGGAAACUUCAGAUUAUCACUUCAAUUAACUAACUCUUAUCUGCAGGCUGUGAUUCUGUCAAGUGUAGUUACUAAUCCUUUCAUUGUCUGCUCUUUGUGUUUUAUAAACUUUUGGGAGGGCCAUUUUCUUUCUUUCCCUCCGUGUUCUCAGUCUCAAUGCUAAGCUAUGUAACUCACCUUCAGGUUCUUGCUCUAUAUUUGGCACAAUAAAAGUGGUAUCGAUCAUCCCAUCUAACGCUCAGCAAGUGUGAAUGAAAGCAUAUUUUCCAAAAUGUCAGACUUUGGCAGUUUAAAAAGGUUUUGUCAGUCGGGGUUGGAGUGGGAUUUAUUUUCAGCCCGGGAGUUCAACCCAAUUCAGUUCUCAACAUUUUACAGGAGAAAUACACCGAACUUGAGCUUUACCUCAUGAGUCCAAAAUAGAGCACUAGUCGUCACAAUCAUAGUAUAUUCAUUGUGUGUCUGAUCUGGAAUGUAGUUUAGGAAAAAGAUUUGAGAAGGAAUAGAGAAAAAUGACAACUUGUGUUUUUUAUGGGAAAGCGACAUCAGUGAUGAUGCCCAUUAACUUUUUGGGAAGAAUGUAAACUUAUUGUGUCAUAAGAGAGAGGAUGUAUAUGCGUGCGUGAAUGAAUCUCUUGUGAUAGGUGGUAAAUUAUAUGAAAUAAAAAAAAUUAAAUUGGUUAAUAAAGAAAAAAAUAGGAAAAGGAUGUUUUAAGUGCAGCCUCUGUGGUCUACUGUCAGUGUGAACAGGCCCUAAGAGUCUUACAACCAGCCAGCCCACCAGGAAUUAAUGUGGUUCCCCAGCUUAGCCACCCCUUAGUCUCACCAAAUCUGAUGUUGAAUAUUCUUUUAUGAUUUUUAUAAUGAAUUCCUCAUGUAAAUAAAUAUUAAAGCAGUUAUACAGUGAAGGCACAGGCAUGCAAAACCCACAGUUUGCCUAACAUGCUACAUGCAGUGUUUUUCCUUGAGCUAUAAUGCAGUUAAAUCUUGGUGCUGAUAUAAGCUGAGCAAUUCAGAUAAGUGUCCAGUGUGCAGUGCAGCAGAAAUAACUCACCAGCAUGAAGCCAAGUGUGAAGUAAGAGCUGUACAGUUUUGGGGAUUAAUAUGGAGGAAGUGAGUCUAAUCUAUAAGCAGUGCUGUGAGUCAUUCCCAAAGGAUUAAGAGUGAGUACAGUUUUAUUCACUGUUUCUUUUUUUUUUUUUGCUUCAGUCAGCAUCUUGCUCUGGUGAGCGGUCCCUGAGCUGUGUUGAACUGGUGACACUCACUGAAUAAAAGCCUCAUCCAUGUUCCUCUUGAUCAAGAAGAAGAAGAAGAAAGAAAUUCUCUGAAUUACGGCCAGUUUACAAAAGGAUAGUGAAGCUGUGUGUGAAUGACAGAAAUACACUGAUUCAUAAGGCCUUUAGUAAAGGGUUCAUUUCUACCUAAGCUGUGCUGGAGAAUGAAAAGCAUAUGACAGAGAGAUAUUGAUCUUUAACUUUUAGUUAAAAACCACAGAAAUAAUUUCAUUAAAUUCCCAACACUUUUUCAAAAGCAAUUUCACACAUCACCAUCCAGUUUUUAAUAGCUCUGUGUUGUCAUUAUACUGCAAUGAAAACUCUGAGUUAUAUAUGGAUGACUUUAAUGUGCAAUAAUAAACCAGCUGAUUGAGCUUUAACUUCAAGGAGUAUUGAUCUUCAUAUAUUUCUCACCGUUCAUCCAGUGGCCCUCAGUGUGAAUCACUAGAAUACUUAUUUGUUAUGGUGUUAUUAUCUGAAGAUGGGGUUGAAUUUAAGGUUACUGAUGUAUUUCUUUCCUUUGCUUGUCAGAUGUGUUUGGUAUAAACAUUCAGCUCAUAGACAGUGGCUAACUGAUAGCAGCAUCCACUGCUUACUCCAUGUCUGCCUCAGCUCUCCAGAGUACAGAAAGUAAACAUUACCAUAUCACAGGAUUAGAGUAAGCUAUUUACAGGAUUUGCAUCUGGUAUCCUUGAAGGCAGAAACUUAAAGAACAGUGAAAAUCAGCUGUAAGAUUACGCUGUAGGCAAUCUGAGAAAUGCUGACUAUCACCACCAUGUUUCUAUCACUCGAGAAAUAGGCUUUGUGUGAGACCAGAGUCAACAUCUCUUAAUCACCUGCCAUGGCUUGGCAUUGUGUGUAAAAACAAAACCAAAGCAAACUUUGUCAGGCUCUAAUGUUACCCUACAAGCAAUAACCUGUCAGGACCGUUCACUCAGUUGUUGCGAUCUCCAUCCUCUAGUUUAAAAUGACAGCAUCAUUUAUUGAUGUGGUGUUUCCCAGGCUGAUAUGCAACCCCUCUCAAUAAUUAAUAUGACGUGAGGCCUGUCCAGGUAGAGAGUGGCAAGCUGCUGGUGUGGCUCCACUGAGGACCACAGUAAUCAUUUGGCCCCAGUCUGGGUUAUUUCCAUCUCUGCGUUUAUCACUUUUAUUACAGCUGUGAUGAAACACUGCGUGUGCCUCCAUGAAGCACUUACGGGCCUGGGCUUGUUUAAUACAUUCCUCCUCAGCCGACGGGGUCUGCACUAAUCUCAUUACCCAUGAGUCACUGUGGUUAAUAUCAUGGCUGCCCGCUGCUCACGCUCCCAUACUGUGACUAAUCUUUUUACUAACAUUUUUCAUAUGAAAACCAUCACAUAGAUGAACGGAUGCACUCACACUUGUUCUGUCAGAGCUAAUGUUUCCACGAUGGCUGCAGGUACUUGAGCUUAAUAGCAGAUGUUUUUCUAGCAGUUACUUCUCCAACUAUUACCGCCGCUUCUGCCAUAAUGACUCUUUUAGAGGCAAUUCACGUAGAAAUCAACCGCUGAUGAUACCAUGAAUUGCACAUCACUAGCCACCGCUUCCUGCCCUGUCUCGACACCUGCAUCAUCAAGCACAUAGAGCAAAUUUUAACUCUCACAAAAAUCCAUAAAAAGUUUAAGCAGGUCCGUGCAAUUUCCUCCUCAUCACACUUAGCAUCAUCUUUAAAAUACUCAGCUACAAAUUAUCCAAAAUCUGGGAGUUUGAGCUUCUCCCCACCAGUCUGUUCGCUGCACUCUCUGCCAAUGAUCACUUCUGGUUGACAAUCAUAGGGUCCGCAAACAAGACAUGGAAGAAUCUAGAUCUUCCCCUGAUAAUCACAGCUACAUAUAAAUACAAACUUGAUUGAGAAUAUUCCUUAAAGGUGGGGUAGGCAGGAUUCCAUUAAAGAAGUAUCUUUUUGUGGUGUACAUACAAAAACCUUUUAAUAUCAGUAAAUAGCUAUUAGUUAUUGAUGACAUUUGGUAAUAUAACAAUAUCGCUGUGUUUUGUUAUGUUUGUGUUGUCAACAUUUUAAAAUUUUUGAGCAGUAUGCACUUUCUGACUGUAAACGAAGCCGUUCUCCACCUCCCCCAACGUGAUUGGUUGUGAGGCAGACGCUGCUCCCCUGUGUCGUUCAGAAGCCCAAACAAAGUUAGCGUGCGACAAUAUCAGACAGUAGAAAGAAACCAACUAGAAAGUAUGUAAAAUUGUCUGAAUCCUCCUUUGGCCACGACUGCCAACACAAGCAAGAAAACCAAGUAAAUACCGGCGGAAGACUCGGGCGGAAUAAUGGGCGCUUAAAAAGGAGGUAGACCGGACAAGAGCUAAAAAGCAGGGUCAACAUCAUGAAUCAUAAACAAUGGGAGAGACUUCGGGAUCUUACGGACCCUGUAACUUUUCUGCUGUGUGUUGUAGCGCCGCUGAACUGUUAAGCUCGGGUCCUGGAGUAUGUCACUUUAUCCAAGUUGUAGAAGUCCUGCAAACAUUGUCUUUGCUGGUAGUCUGUUGGCAUCUACAGUAGCACCAAUGCUGUUUACUUUCACCUUGACUGGACCCCAUUUGUAAUUAUCUGAAGUAUUUAUCUGCAUUAUAUCUGAAUUUAAUUGGAACUAUGUGAGCGAGCAGGAGCGUCUGUUUGUGGGCGGGGCUUGCUGGAACGGAGAGGGAGGGGAGAGGAGGAGCUGAGGGGAAAACUGUUUGGAAGGGGUAGCGUUGACAUUCAAGAUUUCUCCCAAAAACUGGCACUUCCUCAGAUCCUGCCUACCCCACCUUUGAGGAGUCCUUGUCAUUUACACAGGUAAAGAGCAGAGUCCCUGCCCCCCUAAAUUCUCAGUAAGUCCUACACUUGACAAUCUAAAUGAUACAAAGUUAACAGAUAACUUCUCAGGUCAACCAGGUAGUCAUGUACUCUUGUCUUCCCCCUCCAAAUCACUUGUGUAUGCUUCAGGUUUUGAUGGUCUUCUUAACCUGUAAUCUGCUCUCCUUCCGUAAAAAUGUUCUAUCUAUCUGGCCAUGUCUCAAAUGAACACAUACAGCACACACAGAGAGCAGACCUCCUGGCCAGCCAUUUGUCCUGCAGACAGCAGCGAAAUCAAAUACCACACCUUAAUAACUUCACCAUGACCUGGAUGGAAGCUGACAACAUAAUCAUGGCUCCGGCCCCUUUGUCUCCACUAUGCAGCAACCUCACUCAGUGACCUCACAUCAUCGUUUUAGUUUGGAAACCACAAAAUCCUUCACAGUGCUAAUCAAUUUUACCAGACUCUGUUCGUUAACUAUGAAAAUCAGCAAAAAGUGUUUCUAGUUUUUAGAAACAGAUCAACCAAAGGUAUUUUUUAUAAUUAUUUUUUAGUGUGAAAUUAGACCUCAUUAAGACAGUGUAAUCCUCUUUCACAGAGAAGCUAAAGACAGUGGGUGAUAAAUGAGGUUCUCCUUCUCCGGGAAGUUGGUUCGCCCAGUAAGCAUAAUGAGUGGAAACGCCAUUUUUCAUGAGGAAUGUAAAUAUGCUAUAAUGCAAAUUUCACAUAUUAAAUCCCUCACAUAUCACAUCAACUGGACCAUGAGAGAAAAAAACUUUCAGGCUUGUGCUUGAAUUGAGUCAUUUAGUAACUCCAGCAGAUUAGGACGAAUGUAUUUAUGAUCCCUGAAGUAUAGAGCAGCAUAAAACAUUUUAUCUGUUAAAUUAAUGCUGGAAAGAAUCAGAUAUGCAGAUCUUCCCAACCUUUUUGUGUUUUUUUUUUUCCUUUAGUCUGUUUUCAACUGUAUGUCAGUAUAGACUAAUUCUAAAUGACCCCAUGGGAAAGCACACUGACAUUAAGCUCAUUAAAAGUUCCUUUUCUCUGCACAGAUGUGAUGAGAUGACAGUUCGCAAAGCCUAAGUCACACUUUCUUUACUGCGGAACAUGAAUUUGAAUUAGUAAUUAAAUCUUAAAAAAGAUAUCGUUAAAGCUCACUAACUUUAGAGUCAUUCUAACAUUUAGCUCAUGCUUUGUGGUUGAUGCCAAAAACAUCUUCUUACCCCAAAAGCACUCUGAGGUGAAUCAGUAUUUGCAUAGUAGUAAGGUUCGUCUCACCUUCAUCAAGCUUACCUGACUCUUUCAAUACAGUUCAUAUUUAAUAAGAAAUCAUCACAGCCAGAAUUUUAUAUCUAUUAUGCUGUUAAGGUAUUUACAGCCCCAGGUAAAAAGAUAGUUUGGAUUUUGUGUGAAAUGUCAACAAAUACAGAAACAGGUGGGGGAAACCCUGUCAACACAGCAAAUGUUGAAACUGAAAGUGUUUAUUCUUUUAUGAAAGCAGCAUGUUUAAAAUUGUAUUACAUCACCUUUUUAUUUGAGCAACAUUUUUUUGAGAAAUAUUUGAAAACUGUGGAGACCACUCUCAGGAGUUUUCAAAUCAAAACGUUCUUCCAUUCAUGCCUCAGAUGGGAUUUUAGCAGUUCAACAGUUUUGGGUCUCCUAUCUCCAUAUUUUUCCAGUAGUUGGGCUCAAGAUCUUUCAUAUUGGUUACAAGUCUAGACUGAAGGCAGGUUACUUUAGUACAGUGCAAUGCUAUUGUGCAAAACGUGAUUAAGCAUUGUUUUGUUGACAUAUGCAGGGUGAUUUUCUGAAAAAGGCGUUGUCUGAAUGGCAUUUCCAAAAAGAGUGUCAAAUUUCAGUCACUGGUGAGAAACUCUGAGUUCACAGAGAGUGUUUGUUUCUUUUGGUUGGGAUUUUGGGCCCGUGCAGUGAUUUACACAGUCAUUUUUUUAAAUGCAGUAUCUCCUCAGUGUCAGCAGACCAAGUCAGGACCAGUGUUGGUUUUUUAGCCUUGUCCUCCUUUUUACAGAUACUCUGAAUCUUAAAUGGUAUCAUGUUCUUUGGAUGACAAAAUCCCCAAGUUCUUGUCAGUUCUAUCUUUCAUAGAGUACUAAACAUCUUUCUCUCUUCAAUUCUGAGGGACUCAGCCUCUCAGGAGUCUUCUUUUAAUAACCAGCCAUGUUAGUGACCAAAUUCACCUUAUUGAUUAAGAGCUAUUUCUCCAUGUGCUUUUUGAACAUAACUUUUUCAGCAUUGACACAUGUUGCAGGUAUCAAAUUUAAGAUGAGCAUUUAUUUUUCAUGAAACUAUACAAUUUGACAGUAUUGACACGGUGCACAGUGGUGCCAUGGUUAGCGCUGAUGCCUUCACAGCGAGAGGGUUUCUGGUUCAAAUCCCUAGUCAUACAUGGGCCUCCUCCCAUGUUCUCCUUCUGCAUGCAUUUUGUCGCUCCAUCUUCUACCCACAGUCUAAAAACAUACACAUCAUGUUAAUUGGUCUCUCUAAAUUGCUUGUAGGUGUGAACAGGAGCAUGACUGGUUGGUUGUCUCGUUAUGUCAGCCUUGUGAUAGACUGGUGAUCUGUGGAGGGUGUACCCUGCCUCUCACCCACUGACAGCUGAGAUAUGCUCCAAACCCCUGCAACCCUGGAAGGGCUAAGAGGUCAAGAAAAUGGAUAGAUGGAGUUUCGACGUUUGACAUGCUGUCUUUGCUCUUUUUUUCAAUUAAAUACAGAGUUUGACUGAUUUUUUAAACCAUCAAAAUUCUGUUUUUAUCAACAUUUGAUACAAGGUCCAAGAUGUGUUUGGUUCAGUUGUAGUUUUCUUUCCUCAUGCUGCCCUGUACUCUGUGAAAUAAAUAACCUUAACAUGGUGUUCCUAAUUAUACAGACAUUAGUAAACCAGCGUCCUGUCUUCCAAAACAACCCUUUUUGUCUAGUUUAAAACAGUGUUGUUAAAGGCACAAGGCUAGCUUUGUCCGAUUAUUGAUAUAAAUGGUUCUUAAUGCAAACGAACAUCAGUGUAAAGUCCAUACGGUUACGAUACACAAAAUCAAUCUCACUGCACAGCCUAUUAAACAAGUUCCUCACUUUAAAGCCGUUUAUCUCAAUAGCAGGUUAUUGUGUUUCCUGAUUCCCUGAUGUUUUGGCAGUAAAAGGAUUUUAAUCCCAGUAUAGCAUGAAUCUAGUUAUUUCCUCUGCAGCAGUAAAACCACAAGUGAGAAAACUGUGAAAGGAGCAAUUCCCACACAGAAUCAAAUGAGCACAAACCAGAUCAAAGAUUGGCAGUUUAUCUACUCAAAAAACAAUAAAGCAGUGCCUUAACUGACGCCACGCAGUAUUUCCUCCUCAGUGUAUCACAGCUCUGCUCCGGGUUUAUAUCUCAUAAGGAUGUUGAAGAACACUUAACUUCAGAUCGAUAAUGUUUCUGCCUCAGAGCUUGCCUUUGUGUCCCAGAGGAGCUCAGGUCAGCUCCCUGAAGUUCAGUGUGUCUCAUCAGUAUGCAACUCAACACCGCAUGUACAUUACAAGUGUUGGGUCAGCUCUAUAGGAAAGAAAGAAGAGUGCUGCUUUAUUCUGCAGCUAUUUAGCCAAGUGAGAAAAUGAGCUCUGAAUAAAGGUGGAGUGUUCUUCGAUCUCGCCUUUACAAACUGCUUUAGAGUGCAGACUCAGGUAAAUAAGCACGAGCAAAAGGAUUACCUGCUCUUGUUGUAAUGAGCAAUUUAAGACUCCUGACUUGAAGCUCUUUAUUAAGUAGACAAUUUCAUAAGUUGUUGUAACAGCUGAUAAAUCCACCAUAGAAAGUGUGUUCGCUUACGUUGCUUACAUUUUGCUGAUACAAAAAAAAAAAAAAAAAAACUCGAGCACCUCUCAAAGCUACGACAGAGUAUUAGGGCCACAUUAAGAAAAAAAAUUAAGACUUUGAGAUUAAAGUCAUUACUAACGAUAAUAAAGUCAGAGGAAAAUCACUACUUACAAGAAUAAAGUCGUAGUAAAAUCAUUACUUUCGAGAAUAAAGUCGUAAAGUAAAUGAAGUCUUAAAGCUGCUUUUGUGGAGGAGGAAAUGUCUGGAACUGGUCAUCUGCAGCGUUAUCAUUGGGUGUGGGCUAUUCAGAGGGCUUCAGUGGUUUCUCAAGAAACAAUCCAACUGAUGAUCAACAUUUGCUAUUCAGAGUGACUCGAGCUCCGAUGAGCACCGCAUCUGUCUCUGAUGCUGGCACAACACCGGCAGCAACCUACACCUGCAGAGGCACCAUCACCCUAUGGCAUAUAGAUUCAUAUGAUAAACUAAAUCCAUAUGCUAUUGCUAUUAAUGGCUGUAUUGAGGGAUUUAGCCUCUGCACAGCCAUCUCCAGCCAUUUCCCCCUCCUCAAAAACAGCGAUCCCCUGCUUCUUUCUGCGGAAAAGAUGCAUUUCUUGGGUACAUGUCCUGAUACUAAUGACAAUGUGAUGCUGAAACGCCAAAGGAUUUAGUAUCUCAUUGUUUGUGAAACCUAGAUACUCAAUAUCAAUUCAUCUAGAUGCUCCACAGCGCUCAUUUAAACAACAAACAACAGGUUAGAAUAGCUAUUAGCUGUGACUUUAUUCUCGUAAGUAAUGAUUUUACUACGACUUUAUUCUCAUAAGUAACUACGAAGUCUUCUUUUUUUUUUUCCUAAUGUGGACCUAAAACUCCGUCGUACUACUCAAAGCAGUUCAGGAUGUUUCAUGAAUGGUUUCACUAAUACAUUUCUCGCUCAUUUAUGUGCUAAAAUGUUGGAGUGAGAUAAAUGGCCAAGCCUCUUUGUUGUUGUUUCAUAAUGUUUAUUUCGACAUAGAUCAUCAGUAUCUUCUCUCACACGCUCAGGCAUGGCAUACACACUCGCUGUGGUGCACACAAAGAAGGAAGGAGGCAGUAACAACAUGAUUAAUUUGGGAGGCUUUUUCGGGCUCUGCUGUAGUUUACACUACAGUGCACACAGCAGAUGGAGGGAGUGGGAGGUACGGCUCUGAAAAUGUUGUGGAUCUGGAGGUUUCACAGGUGUACCAGAGACAUUUAUUAUAGAGGAAGAAGGAUUGUGUGCAUGUGUGAGACGUGUGUGGUUCUAUUUUUGCUGCCGGGCGACUCAGCAGGCCUGUCUGUGCAAGUCAGGGUGAAUAUCGUGACAGUGACAUACAGACACACUGACAGAGGAGAUGGAGGGUCAGCCCAGUGCAUCAUGGGAAAAGCUUGGCAAGAACACAAAAUGACACAAGUAGACCUGAUAGGUUCAGGUUCUGGCUGUGCUUUGGAACGAGUUUAAAAACCUUUUGCAUAUACUUAGUUGUUUGGUGAUAUACAGAAGGACGGCCUGUUUUUCAUCAUUUAUCUUUGGGGCCUUUUAUCAACCUAGACUUGCUGUUAUGAAGUAAAACAGCUCGAUAUAACCCCAGACUGACUGUAUAAAUUAUUCUGCAUUAUUUCCCUCCAGCUCUUGAGAAACUUGACUGGAUCAAUUGUUGUUUCAGCUUGUGCAAGAGGUAAAUAAUUUGAUUUUUAAUGAUUUCACUCUGAAAUUUACUGUUGAAACACAGGCUCAACCCAAUGCAAAUGGCAAUGACUGUACUCUAUACACUCAGUAGUGUCAUUUAGUCUGAGAAACAACCAAAUCAAAAGUCUUCAACAAAGAUAAUUAACGCAUAAUCUUGGUUCACAUGAUCACUCCUCAAAAUGAUGACAGUAUUAUCCUGUUUGCUCCUUAAAUUCACUGUGUGGAAUUGUGGCAUGCUGAAUAUGUACAACUGCUUUUGUUGCUUCUUUCUCCUCUCGUCCCUUUAUUCUUUUCUUUACGGGGUUUUGUCUUUCUUUGCUCUUGUCCUCAACUCUGUUCUCUACCUUUGGAUUUUUCUGGCUUUGUGCGCAGUGUCCUCGAAAGAGCACACAGGACAUUUUGCUGUAUCUUUUGCCCCUGAAGGGAGAAAAGCUCUGGCCGGAGAUUAUUUUUGGGCUUUUCAUGCCUUUAUUGGGAGGACAGGACGAUGAAUAGAGUCAGAAGUGCAAAAACUGCAGUUCCUUGAGCGUCCACUUGAGGCUUUGCACAUAAGCAACAGAAUCUCAUGCAGAGAUCUCAUGUUAAAAUGCCUGUUCUCAUGUUAACUUCUGUAGGGCCUGGUUUAGAAAUAGUUUAUAAAUGUUGCUUUUUAUUUAUUUGUACUCCAAGAUUUUCUAAAUUGUUUAAUCAUUUUCAAUAAGAUUAAAGGUACAUUGUGUAUAAUUUAGUGUCAUUUUAUAAGAAAAAGAAAAUAUUAUUCAGAAGAAUGCUUAAAUGAGUUUAUAUUGAAUCAAAUAUCAUAUUAGUUUUAUUGUGGAUGACUUAGAAGAAGUAUUUGAUAUCAUAAAAGCGGCGGGUUUUUGCUGCAGAGGCUGCCAUUUUGCACUGCCAUGUUUUCUACAGUAGCUCAGAAUGGACAAAUUAGUAGGGACCAAAUGCAUUUUCUUGAUUACUUCCAGUGCACCAGUUGAAGAGCGGAGAGCGCAGACUGAGAUCUGUAGCUGUUGUUAUGUGAAAAUGAAUUUAUGUUGGUUGAAGUUUUCUGACCACCUCAGCUCCACUUCUUUUCAUUUUCCAGACCAACUUUUUUUUAGAAAGUUUAGAAAGAGCCCACAUUUCCAAUGUGUGUCUCAGGCAGUUUCUUCAGAAACCAGAGGGUGCUGUCACAGUACAUGUUUUUAUCCAGUCUAUGCAGAGAGCAGGGGAGGCAUGGAGCAAAUAGCUGUGGGAGGGAAACAAACUUAAGGCUAUUGCUUUGAGAGCUCUUAGCUAAUAAAAGAGGGUGAGGGCCACUAAAAAGUUUUCUUUUCAUCAGAAGUCUACAUUAAAACCAGAAUUCUGAGGGUAAAAUAUGAAUUCUUAAUUUUAUCUCAGAAUCCUGAAAAAAUAGAGUUAAAAAAAAAAUUGACCUUAUUUUGUUUUUUCCAGUUUUUAGUUAGUCUCUGUACCUGGACUGUGCUAUCUGACUUUACAAGGUCGUUAUGGCUUCCCUGAUCGAAUUAUAAAUACAUGUAUUGAAUGAAGUAGGAAGGUUUUUUGGCGCUUACUUCCUUUCUUGCACUGAGUAGGAUCAGAAGGACAAUUCAACUCAUAUCUUUGCAGCAAAGACUUAAGUUAGCAUAACAUAAAGAAACGGGGGGAUACUCAGGCUGUUUUAGAAAAGGAGUAAGAGAUUAUCAGAUUCAAAACUGAAAACGUGUUGUGUAGUUAGCUUUAGUGGCAUUGUAAGAUUAACUUUCCUCCUUUUUCUGACACAUAUGACACUUUAAAAAAAGAAUGGCCUUAAUCAAUGUAGUGGUUAUGGAGGAGGCUAGCAAGGUGCUAAUCCAGCUAAUUUGAAGCUUUCACUUCAGAUUUUCAACUUCACCUUCGUUUACUCCAAGUUGAUGGUGAUAGACGCUGCCCUCGAGCAGAACUUUUUAAGUACAGUUGUUUCAUGGAGUAGUGUACAGAAAAGAUGUGACUUUCAGUUGUGAAACAAUUGGGGAAAUCUGUUAACAGGCAACAUCAACAUGAAUGCCCAAAGGUUGGUCAUUAUCCUCCUUGACUUCCAUGUAUAAAUGCUACAAUUAAUUCUUCCUUUGUACUGAAAUAAAAAAUUAAUGUUCUACACUUGCCGUAGCUUCCGUUGGUACUGUAUGUGACUAAUAAACUAAAUUAUGCACUCUGUGUUCUCACUGAUGUCAGCAAACCUAGCUCCUCUUAAUACAGAUCCUGUCAGCUGUACAUUACACAUUGCAUUCAUGUGAAACUGGAUCUUGUGGGUUCUGCUAUUUCUAAAAACUCCCAUCCAACAUGUCACAACUUGUGAACUUGGAGAUUUGCAAUAAUGUCGACUCAUACGACCCCCACCUAAAGGUACCACAUGUUUGAUCGUUGUUAUAACUCUAGGUUGGUUUUAAUUACCUUGGUCAUUGUGAAUUCAACUACAAAGAGUCCUAAUAUGCGUCACUGGCAUUGUUUCGGGGUAUAUUUUGAUUCCUGUGAACCAAGCUUCAAUUAUUCGCUUGUGUUUUGUUGUUCAUCCAGCAGCAGCCUUGUUUUCCAUGUGCUUUAUUUUUACAGUAAAUCUAAAUAAAGACUCAUUAAAAAGGGUUUUGUUGAGUCUUUUGAGGCAGAUGCAGCUUUAUCCAUGAGUUUAUCUGCCACAGUCUGGACAGAAUAGACCCACUUCUUACUGCCUGUUUUGUGAGCUGAUCAGCUAUCUGUUUUUCUUUUGCUCAAGUUUUUCCAACAACCAAACCGAACCAGUAAAAGUGUAUUUUCAGGUUCUUCAAUGAUGCAGAAGUACUCAUAUCUUUGGAAGGUACAAUUUUCUGUACUGCACUGAAUGACAGCAGCUUUCUUGGGUUUUGUGUCCCUUACACCUUGCAUUAAUGCUUUUUCCAAGUCCUUUUCUUGAGGGGAAAUUUCUCAAAGCUUUCACAGGUGGCUGCUGUCUCUGUAUUAAUAUUGAUGGACCUCAUAUUUUUCUCUUGAGAAUGGUGAAAUAUUUAAACACUGUCUGGUGGCUGUUUUGACUUCUUGUGGACUAAAAUAGGAAUUUUCAGUGUGAUAAAGAAAAUAUCUAAUUUGCAACAUGUGUCCAAAAUAUCAUCUUCAUAUUGAGAUAGUUAUCAAAUUCAAACCAGGGUGAUACUCUAGAUGUGAGUGUUUACACUGAUUUCUGAAAUGUUAUUGAUCUAAGUGGGAUAAAGUAAGUCAUAAUAGAGAAUACAGGGGCUGUAGAGUCCUGUGAAACUGACUGUACUUCUUUGUAAAUGAAGUAGAUGUCUGUCAAUAGCAUAAACUUUGAAUAUUUGUGUACAAUUUAUUUUUCAGAGGGAUGCAAAGGGGCAGUACCUGUUUGAUCUCAUCUGUCAUCAUCUGAACUUGCUGGAAAAAGACUACUUUGGCAUCCGAUAUGUCGACCCAGAUAAGCAGAGGGUGAGUAUGAAGUUUUCUAAUAGUCAUGUUACUUCAGUCGGAUUCACCAAAGUGGAAAUCUUAAGGGUUGCUGCAUUGCACACUAAGCGCUCUCUACGCUAGCAUCACCUUCGCUAAUCUGAACAAACAUUGCCAAGCGGCUCUGACCAAUCAGAAUCAAGUAAUAAACAGAGCCAGGUGACACUCAUAUCUUUACCAUAAUCAACUAUAUUAACAGAUCAGUACCUGAAGCCCUUCUUCCUGUAGCGCUUAUUUGCAAUUUGGUCACUUACAUCAAUCUACCUUGAAUUAGAUAUUAUUCUUUGCUACGUUACAGCAAAUCUCUCCUUAAAAAUCCCAUAAAACACAUAUCUAAUGCUCUCAAAUGGUUAUAAUGAUGGUGUUGUGUGUAACUGACCAGACUCUAUUUCCGUGAAGCUAUAGGAGGAAUGACAGACGCUAUUUGUGGCUGUUUUUUUUUUUAUAUGUAAAGAGGUGCACUUUUUAGCUGCUGAGUCUGCCUGCAGUCUUACUCUGUGAUUUGUCUUUGCUUUAAGUAAAGUAGAUUAAGUGUCACAGGCAGUGACUUACCAAAUGUUCAAAGAUACUAAUGUCAGAUCUAAUGAGUCUUUUUUCUUCCUCAUAAAUAUUCAGGGCAGUGAGGUAGGCCCGCAGGUCAAUUAUGAGGCUGACAAAAGGGCAUCUCAUUCAGAUGAUGGGAAUGUAAAUCAAAGAAAUUACAAACCUUGGUUCAUUUUAGGCUUCAAACUUUUUUUUCACUGUGAUCUUGAUUUUUUUGAUUGAUGCUUUUACGAACACUUGAAAAUCCUAGUAAUUUAACAAAUUCUGUCCACUUUCCAUAUUUGACAUUGGCUAGCAGAGUCGUUUUAAGAAAAUAUGAAUGCGAUAAGUUAAUAAUUAAAAGCUAGCACAGCACCCUUGUGUUUAGAAGGGACUAUAUUUGGAGCGAAAUGCCUCUCCAUUGUCAGCAUGUAAUUGUUUCACUGAUUACAGCCAGUUUCCUCUUGUGAUGCAAAGCACUCUUCUGAUUAUCUUCCAAACAGCUCUCUCUCAUCUCCUCUCUGCACGGUAACACUGUUGGAUUUGGUCUAAAUAAACACAAGGAAAGGAGAGAGGAGUAAUUCUGCUGUGCCUUCCAGCAAAAGAUAACAAGUCCUCACGCUCAGCUGCUGAACAGUCAGACCUCGGACUGACAGUGCAGCGGCUGAAGAUUCAGAGUCUGAAGUGCAUGUCUUUACUUCUCUUUCUCUCUUUCAGCACUGGUUGGAGUUUUCAAAGUCAAUUGCUAAACAAAUGAAAUGUAAGUAUUCAUUUUACAGACCCGAUUCAUCUGCAACGCCCAUGUCCAGAUUUAACCACACUGAUGUUUGUCUUCCUCCAUCAGCCCAGCCUCCGUUCACCAUGUGUUUGCGUGUCAAGUUUUACCCACCGGACCCUGCUGCCCUAAAAGAGGAAAUCACCAGGUAUGAUUUCAAGAGAGCUCUGUGAGCUUCAGGAGGAGAGGGAGGGGUUAAAGCAUGGAUGAACGUCAUGGUCUUUCUCCUGCUGAUGAUGUCCUGAAAUUAAGGGGAUUUUUUUCUUGACUGAAAACGCAAUAAAAACAGGAGCAGACUUUAAAUAUAAACUCACUUCAUGUGCACAAACAUAAAUGUACGAAAAACUCUAAACGUUCAGUGAAUGUGUUUACUGAAGAUGUAUUUUGGCUAUAAGGUGUCCCUUGUUAGGUUGUAUGUCUCUAUACCCCAACUAAUUAAGUCAAAGGAUACUCAGUGUGCUGGACUUUUUUUUUUUGGUUACUUGUUUGACUUUUUUUUUCUGUUUGGUAUCGACAUUUGUUCAACAUCCACUCUCACCUCUUCCCAUUGUGGCUUACCAACCAAAGUCAGGCACUGAUUCCUUUCACUGGUCUUUUCUUUUUGGGUCUGUGUAGUGAAAAUCACAACGUUGACUUUUCAACCUUUCAGCAACCCGAAAGACACAUCUUACUCAGCAAUAAAAGAUCCCUCGGACCGCUCAGCCUGAACACCAAAUGUCAGACCACGUUUCAUUAGUGUUUCAUUCUUUUUCUUAAGUCUUAUCCCACUAGAACAGCUUUUACUGUCUUUAUGGAGCAGUUUCAGCGGCCCAGGAAAGUGUCUGAUCAAUGCCUUUAUUAUAAAGCAUCAGACAUGACACCGAUAAACCAAUCAAAUCGUCUAUAGAACAUGGUGAAAAGGGCAGAGAUUCUCACACAGAGGGGCUGGCUGAGAGGACUGAAAAAGCAGAAGGAAAUAUGUGAGUCAGAAAGAAGACAUGUAGUUUUUAUACCAAAAACACACCUUCAUAUCAAGAAGUGGCCAACUCCUAUAAUUCUUUGAUAUUUGUGCAAAUAUAAAAGCAGAAAUAUAUAACCUAACUAAGAAUCAAUCCACACAUCUUUUGAGCAAUCAUAGCCACUUGAACCUGAACUGAAAACAGAAAAUUAAAGGAAUUAAAACCCAGUUUGAUCCACCUAUCAUAUUCCUAACACAAACAUUUGGUGGCCCACAAAACAAUCUGUUUUACAUUUUGUGACAACAUAAACACUCUUCUGUGCCUUCAGGAGUUAUCCUGGACAGUUUAACCUAGAUUUAACUAGAUUUAAAAAGUUUAUCCCUUUUUUUUUAGUUUUUUUUUUUAGGGAAAGUCAAUUUCAACAAACCUUCUUUCAUCAAACGCUCGGUUAUGCAUUUGACCAUUUCUGUGUACACCCUACUUUAGUUGAGCGAGAGAAGAACAUUGACUUUGUUAUUAUUAACGCAACUGCUCUGAAAUCUAUGGUUUUAAAUCGUAGCUAGUUGGUGAUAUCUGCUGUAGGUUUUAACUCUGGUGGUAUUAUUUCUUACAUUUCCUCUGGCGGUUUCUCCCUAUCUCUGCUAAUCUGGUACACAGAGUGCCGGUAGAGCCACAUUUAUCCGCAGACCUGUCAAUCAUGAUACCAUACCUGAUUUUUGUUAUCAGACAACUCGUUAAACCUUAAAGGGAAAUUCCAGUCAAACACACCGUAACACCGAGUGAGACACCCCGUCGAGAGAUGAAUGUUGCCGACCGCUGGCCUCUCUAGUUAUACCGACUUUGGAAACGACCGCACAAUAGCAAUACACAGCGGUCUGAGGAGCCAUAAACAAACCUCAACCAAAAUGCCACUCUAUAGCCACAAAUAUCACUCACUUGUAUCACUCACAUGGUAAUAUAAGUAACGAUGUAGAGAAAAUGAUGUCUUUUUAUACAGUCAUUAAACUCAGGUGGACUUUUUGUACCUCUCCUUCCCACAACCAGGAAAAAUUAGUUCCACUAUAUUUUUGCGAGGUCAUGGGCAGCAUCUAAAAAUGCUGAUGUAGUUGGCCACAGCACCACCAAACUUUUAUUGAACCUUUAGGGAUGUCUCUAUCAUCCACCUUUCUAUUAACGUCCUUGUCUCCGAGUGUCAGAUUAAAAAUAUCCUCAUAUCUCACAGUUAUUAUUUCAUGGCCCUGUAGCUGGCUUUGAGAUAAUUGAAAAGUGAAUGAGAGCGGGAUAGAUAAGUAGAGAUUUUACCCCAAUAGAAUUCACUUUUACAAACUUAGAAUCAGUGGCAAGUUAUGAGGCCCAUAAUUUUCCUCAUAGUUUUAUGAUCUACCUUUAUAAGACAGUGAAAAGUAAAACUGUUAUUUCAUCCUACCCACAGUAACAAAUGAAACCCACCAUCUUACAUGCAAUCUUAGGUGCUUUUUGAAAAUCUGUGUCCCCUUGAAUGUUAAAAUUGUAUGAAGGGGUUUAACUUAAUUACAGUAAUGAGCACUGAGUCCAAGUGCAGGAGGUAAAACUGUUCCAUUCUUUGGUAAGCUGCUCUGUCUUGGAGCCCCUCACCAUUACUGCACUGUGUGACAUCCUUGACAGCUGAACAAACUGCAGCGAGGAGUGAGCCAAAGUGCUCCUGAGCACACAGAUCCCUGUAAAUCACAUCCCUAGACUGGUUGCCACGCAGUAAAAUCUCUUAUUCUCCAUCCAGCUCGUCUUGAUAGAGCAGAACGCCGAUGAGGGAGAGCUCCUCUAUCCUCUGCCAUCUGUUCAGUCGGGAAAUAGUCACAGACACAAAUAUAUGUUAGACAUGACAGGUAACAAUAAAACACAAAAACAUUCAUGGUCAGUUUUAAAUUGUAAACUUGAAGGUAUGUUUUGGUGAUAAUAGGAGCACUUUUUAAUGAACACACACACACACACUGCUCUCUGCUACUUUCUGAGCCAUGCUCUAGUUCUGCUAUACUAUUUAUUGCUUUGCUGCUUGGAGAGAGGCCGAAUCACAAGCGUUUGAAAUGAAUGCUUGGUGGGAAAUUGACGUAUGAGUUAUCUCUGGAUAUUGUGGAUGAGAGCAGAAAAUUGAGUUGCUCCCAGUGGACCUCAGUGUGAACCAGCGGCCAUAUUUUAACUCCUCGUCAACUCUCAGAUUUAUUAUGCUCCAGCUUCAGUGCUGCUUUAAGGCUGAUGACUAGUCCACUACAUUUACUAAAUUGUUGACUGUUUUUGUAGCUAAAUCUUACAUUUUACUGUGUGAACAGUUACUGCAGCGAAAUACUGUCACACAUACAGUCCAAAACAUACCGAUAACCACAGCUGAGUUUUAUCUCUUAAUAAGAUAAGAUCAGAAGAACUUUAUUCAUCCCUGAUGGGAAAUACGUGAGAUAAUUAAAUAAAAUAAUUGCACAGGGCUGUGAACUACUUGAUCCUGAAUGGUCACAGCCACAUUUCAUAUACAUGGGCCCUUAAUUUCUUAAUAACUGGCCUCGGCUUUGAAGAUUUUGUUGAAAUGGAUGCAGCUUUCAUUUAUUCAUUUAUUUAUUCAUUUUUUUGUUUGUGCCUCAUGUCUUUUCAGUGACUAACUUAAGUACAAUAAUUGGUCUACCUGUAAAUAUUUUGUGAAGAUCAUGCUUUCGACACACAUCUAUUUGGAGUAUCUGAUGGACUAUUAAUGUUGAUACCCUGACACUUGAAAAAGCAUCCUAAUUUAACCUUAUUAAAAAAAAAUGAACUGCAUUGUAUUUCCCCUGAUGACUUGUUUUUCACAAGUUUUUUCGUAUUAUUGUAAAACAAAAUACUUUAAUAAAGAUAGUUUAAAAAAAAGAAAUGUAUGCCACACUGAUCACAGACUCCCAGACUAAAUUCAAUCAUAACAGCAGGAAGAUUUUUUGGUUGGGUUUUUCAGGGUGUGGUGUGACCCUGCAUCUUUGAUAAGGAGUUUUCUCAACACAUUGGGACGACAUGUAUGAACAGUACCCUGCCCAACAACUCUAUUUAUAUGAUUUUUCAUGAUACUAAAAUCUAUGAGGAUUUGGAAAUGUAAAUGUCAGUUAAUGUACUAGUUGAUCAAUAAAACUGUUAAUCUGCCACUUUGGUGUCAGUGAAAAUAUCUCAUUAUGUAGAUUAUGGAAUACACUACAUAAUUAGCAGAGAUUGAACCCUGAAUCUUGUCUAAAUUGAACAAUCUUGACUCUCAGGUAACACUGGCAGGUCAUAAUGAUAACUUAACAUCUAUAGAUGGAAAGGCGCAAAAUUUGGAAAAUGCAUUUAAAUAUCUCAUUAUGGUUCCCUUUAACCAAAGCUAUACUUUGUCUUGUUCUAUUUGCAAAAUGUUUGCAUGCUACAAGCUUAAUUAACAUCUUAGAUUAUACCUGCCAACUGCUCAGUAUGUUAGCAUUAUGCCAUUAUCAAGUUUGACUAAGUUAAUUAGUCUUUUUGAUUGUGAUCAUGCAUAACACAGCUUUUGCAAGUCUAUGCAACACUAUGCACAAGUAUUGGAAACGGAUAUGAGACUUCACUUCCAGCAGUGGGGUCAUGACUUAAAUCACACACAAAUUAACCCAACUUAGAUUUCAGCUUCAGGUCCUAAAUCUCUCACUGCUUACAUUCAACAACCUCUUUCAUGCACCUGCAACCUCAAGGAAUUCAAGACCGGUGAUUUUUUAUUUUUAUUGUGCUUGCAUUUAUUGAAUAGUGACCUGAAUCGGUUUCUCUGCAUGUUCUCUGCUCCACAGAUAUCUCGUCUUCCUGCAGGUUAAGAGAGACCUCUACCACGGUCGGCUCCUGUGUAAGACAUCAGAUGCUGCUCUGCUGGCUGCUUACAUCUUACAAGGUAGGAGGUCAAAAACUGAAGUAGUCUUUCACGAACAAACACCUGCACUUUGACGAAUGUCAUGACUCAGUAAAUUUUGCAGUUUGGACCUUAAAGUCAUGCUUGCACCUUGUCAUGAUUUUUUUUUUUCACAUUGAAAUGUCGUAUCUGGCAUGUAUUUUUGAUGAAUUUCAUGCUUAAAUUGAAGGUGAAUACCUUCAUUGUCCACGGCUCAUAAGUGUGGCUGUUAAAUAACACACUGCCUUUCUUUUCAGCGCGGUUUUUCUUCUGUAUUUGAGUGUCAUAGUUUUCCUAAUGUCUGUGGCCUUUUGUAGACUCUGUGAUUGCCUUCCAUGCGUCACUGCUACCUAUGUUUCAUACAUGAACUUCACUGUAAAUGUGAAAGCAGAGAGGAUUUAGAAAUUAAGGGCUCUUCUGCUCUUGUUUUUUAUGUGAUUGAGUCCUUGAGAGUCUGAUUCUUUUUAUUGUUUUAUUGAGGAACAUACUCAGAACAUAACAGUGGAAACAGUGAGAGAGAAGUUUAUAUUUGAUGAAGAGCUUUCAGUUUCAGACUAAUCGACAUGCAGAGAGUUGACAUGCAGUAAGAAGCAGUUUACCUGUCACGGGUCCUAACAGCUGUCCUGACAACAUUGUAGUCUAGUACUCAAACACUCCAUGCAUUUCCAAGUUUCUGAAGUGUUUUUUUGUGAUGCCGAUAGAAGCUGAUUUGAAAGAUUAAUUAAUGCAGGGUCAGAUCUAGAUAAAGUGAUAAAAUAGUUUUGUGAAAAGCACAGCACUAACUAACUGACUGACAGCUCAUUUAUUUUAGAAGGAAACACAUUUUGUUUUGGUGGAAGAGAGAAGAAAAUCAUUUUAAAUGAGAUGAAAUACUGUCUGUAUCACUCAGCAGAUUGAGUUGCCCUUUAAGUGGAAGUUUAGCAGCUCAAUCCCCAGUUCCUCUGGUCUUUAGUGGACAUGGUACCUCAGCUGCAAGCCCGAUAUCUACCGUAUGUGUGAAUGAUCAGCUGAAUAGUGGAUUUGUAUGUCACUUGAUUAGUGUAUGAUUGUGUGUGUGUGUGUGUGUAAAGGGGUAAAUGUUAAAAAGCAUCCACAGAGGUAAGAGAUGAAAGGCAGAAUGAAAGUUUAGUCUAUUCAUUAAUUAAUUACCAAAUGGAUAAUGAGCAUAACAGAUAGUAUUUAGUUGAACUUCUUCUAUAGCUUAUCUUUUCUUUAAUGUCCAUCUCUGACAAAAUGGUGGCCGCACAGGCGUUCCACUUCUGCAAGGUUCCUUUUUUUCACCCUCUGGCUGAUAAUAAUCUGGGAACUAGAGCAGGUUGUAAAUUAUUUGGGAGAUUGGCAGGGCAAUCCUCAACUAAAUGUCAGCGUGUCCAGAGGCAGAACACUGAACCAGAACUGCUUAAAACUGCUGGGUUUGUCAGGGUUUACAAAUGUAUGACUGAAUAUUGACAUGUAGCACACUGUGUGGCAUAAGACGAGGCAGACUCUAUGUAAGUGCGGUCCUUUGGAAGCACUCGACGACAGCGUGUCAGAAUUGUGAACCCAAAAAGCGUGCGACAAUACAAACUGUAAUGUUUACGCUCAGUGUGUUAACAAGCACACUUUGGCACUGACUACAUGCCAAAAAUAUGCAAAGCUGUACUAUGUGCUACACCGCUCCGAGUUUGGCUGUCUAUUUGUUUUUUGAGUAGUAAUGACUGUCUGAGCUGUAUCACGCUCAGCAGAGAGCAGACAAGUACUCAAACUGUCCAUGUGUCUCCACUUCCAGCUGCAAUCUGAUGUCAGUCGCUGCUGGUGCUGGAAGUGAAAGCUGCUGCAGCUGUGCUCGUGGAAAUGACUGUUUGAUGGUGCAGACAAGCAAGGGUUUCUCACAGGCACAGUGACAGAGAAUGUCUUUAUGCAAUCUCAAUGCAUCAAGUCAGUAUUUACAUAUUUGCCUCUUAUGAACCAGCAUUUCUGUCACCAACUCCAGCACUCAAACCAUGCUCCAAUAUACUGAGUCCCUAUCAGCUGGUUAUUACAUUUAUUUUUGCUAGUUCUGAUAUGAGUGUUAAAGCUGUGUGUUAAAAAUGUGGACCAUUAUAACACGCUCACUUGUCAUUUUUGAAUAGGCUGUUGAAAACCUUGACUUCUCGGUCUUAACCUUGAGAAUUCUGCAAAGUUUUUGGUCCUCUUUUAGUGCCCCAGUGCUGAGUCAUUCUCUUGGGACAUAUGCACCACUCUGAAGAAACCACUCUGAUGAGUCAUGACAGUGGCAUACAAAGGUUCAGAUGUCCUUGGUGUGGCUGUAAAAGUAUGAAGAUCAAAACAUCUAAAUUUUUUUAAAUGUCUUGAGAUUGCAAACAUUGGUGCUGAAAAUUCAAGUGGCUGAUGGCUGUUCAACAUGAUUCCUGCCUGUUUGAGGUUGAUUUAAUGAUGGGUCUUUGUAAAUAAGGUAAACAAAGAGUAUGAUCUAGAUCUGCACCUUUUUAAAGAGUCUUGAUUUAACAUUUAUUGUUUAGUUUAUUCAUAAAAAUAGAGAUUAAUUGAUUUAAAGAUGUAGACACUCAAUAAAACUCACACUAUGUCCAUAACAUUACCACUAGCAAUGAAGGUUUUUUUUCUAAUUCACACAUUUCUUACUACUCUAUCAAGCACAACUGAAUGAAUAGGAAGUAAGAGCUUUAGUGGAUUAAAAAGUCAUCAUCAAGCUUGGUUAACCUUUCCUCGGUCUCCUCCCGUCUUCCCAUGUUUCAGCUGAAAUCGGUGACUACGACCCGGGGAAACACCCAGAGGGCUACAGCUCCAAGUUCCAGUUCUUCCCCAAACACUCAGAGAAACUGGAGCGGCGGAUUGCUGAGAUCCACAAGACUGAGCUGAUGUAAGGUGACAUUUGUCCAUGUCCCUCUGCACCUGGUGCUUUAACACAGCAGCCACAGAGCAGGCAUGAAGGAGCUGCACCUGACUGUUGGUCCUCCAUAGUCUAAACUCUUGUGGUCUAUGCUGAACUUGUGUGGCACUCAUGGGGAAAAUGCAUGUAUAUGGUAGCUAUGUUUAGGAUAGUUUGAUCUUAACUUUGAUUAGACAGAAUAAUGAGGGAAAGUAUGGUGGUACACUCCAUAACAAGAUGGAAACCACUGCAAAAACUGCUUUGAAAGUAGGUUAUAUUAUAGAUUGGACUCAUUAAAUGAAACUUCUCAUAUUUAAAUAGGUGAAAAAAGAGAGGAUGUCAAAUUAAAGAACAUUUCUGCAUGUAGUUAAUACCAUUACCUCUGUCUCUUUAAGUCAUUCCUUUUAUAUAACCUGUUUCAAACAGCCUCCAUAGACUUUCAUGGGACUUAAAUAUUCCCAUUCAGAUUCAUCCCAGUCUAUGUUUGUAACACAUCUCUGUUAUUGAAGGCAGUAGUUUGCAGCGUACUCCAGUCAACAGUAUUUUAACUUUAGGGUGCUUCCCAUAAUGCACCACUCUCAAAGAGCUGUGCCUUUAGGCAAAGUUUUUUUGGCAGUCUUUAGUGGUCUGUUGAAUUUGAGUACUUUUUUAACUCAAAGAGUCUUGGCACUGUUUACCCAAAUCACAGAUUCACUCAGACUUUUGUGGGGAUAUCCUCUAAGUUUGUGUUCAGUUUCAGCACUUGGUACGAGUAGAAGCAGUGAUGCUGCCUACAUACAUUAGGUGAUGACCAACAUCCUGGAUGGUUCACAGUCCUACCUCUGUCUUCUGUACAGUUCAAGGCUUUUUGUCCCACUUGGUCCAAGUUUCUGCCCCUCUGAAGAGCUGCUGGAAGGGUUUACAGUACAAUCAGCACAAGCUCCUCUACCUGGUUGUAAAUCCUAAAGAUAAGAGGUGUCUGCAAAGGCAGACAACUUUGGGUCAUAUGUCUUUAGGGAAGUGGUUAUUUGAUGCUCCCUAAGGUGCAGUGUUUUGCCUGCAGGCUGAUGUGACGUCAAAUUCAUUUUUCUUCAUCUCGCCUUGCUUCCCAUUCAGUGAUCAGGUUACAGUAGUCAGUUUACUGAAAGAUCGAGGCAGGACCAGAACAUGCAGACUGCAGAGGUGGUGCAAACCCAUCAGUCAUGAUAUAAAGCUCGACCCAUACACAUUAAUCUUAGUUAUGACAUGUAACACCUUAUUGUUUACAUGUAAACUCACCUAUAGAGAUGCACACUGAUCAGUGGUUUGAUCCUACAGCGCCCUCUAUUGGUCAUUUCCACCGUAUGCUAACUGUAGGUUUGAGCAGUUGCACAUCUUCAUAAUUUGUCUGCACAGAAAACAAAGUUACUCCUGUUUGUUUUGAAGGAAAUAGAGGGUCAUUUGUCAAGAAGAGAGACAGUAAAGAAGUGAUAAUAGAGGAAAAUCUUUAAAAUCAAGGAGCCAGAGACUAUACAGUCAGGAGGAAUUCAUUUAAACAAAGUGCAUUUCUUUAAAUCAGCGCACAGGCACUGAAUACAGAAGCUGCAAGAAAACUAAUAACUAACUACCUAAGUUUUAGUCUUUCUUUUGGAAUAAACAGGACCAGCAAUUCCAGAAAAUGUGAUCUUUCUGCUUCAUUCUUUCAUCACAAUCACAAUAUUUCCUUAUCAGAUUGAGAUAAUCAUUUGUUAUCUGGCAUCUUAAAACACUGCGACAGCCCUAUAACAGAAACAUAACAGAUUGGCUGGACACUGUAAAUCAAUUCUGCAGUAACUCCUUUGGAACAAGCCAUAUGCUCUCUGCUUGUGAUAUCAGGAAUUUAUGUCCAAAACUGCGAUUUUUACUCAGAAGAGGUUCGGCUCUAGUGAAAACUUUCUAUCAAAUGAUUUCAAUUAAGUGAACAGAUGGUCGUGAAAGCAGCCAAGAAAAGUGUCUGUUUGUUUUUGUCUUCCAGAGGUCAGACCCCUGAAACGUCAGAGCUCAACUUCCUACAGAAGGCUCAGAUGCUGGAGACAUAUGGAGUGGACCCCCAUCCAUGCAAGGUGGUCAGAACUAAACAAACUUACCAUGUCAUUUAGAUCUAGUGUUUAAUUUUUUACAAAGAGUCAAUUAAUGUGUGAUCAACUUUGACAUUAAAGAAAAUUACAUAAAGAAGCUAAACUUAUAAACCAACAAGAACUGUGGCUCUGUGUCGUCAUCAGGAUGUGUCUGGAAACCCGGCUUUUCUGGCUUUCACUCCUUUUGGAUUCACUGUGCUGCAGGGAAACAGGAGGGUCCAUUUUCUUAAAUGGUGAGUAAAUGUGAAAGCAGGAUUCAUUAUUAAUAAUAACAAACAGAUAAUAUGAUGUCACUACGUUUGUGUGCAUGAGCCCAUAUAAGCGAGAGAGACUACCCAGCUGUUUGGAUGUAGACAAAGACAGUUUUAAAAUUACCAUAUAAAAUCCAGCUCAUGGAAAAAAACAGCAAUGGACAGGAAAUCUUUCACUGAAUCGAGUUCGGUUGAGGUCUUUCUCUCUUCACUGUAUAUACAAAGACAUAUCCAGCACUGUUCAGCUGAACACAGAGUCCUGUCAUUUUUUACAGCAUUUUGAUGAUUAUGACAUUAUCAUGAUCAUGUUACAGCAAGAAACAUUGAAAUGAUCAAAUAUUAAAUAUAGGAUCAGUUAAAGGCAAUUCUGUCUAACAUGACAUUUAUGGAGCGCUGCUGACUAAAGCAAGCAAGAAGUUCAGUGACAGAGUGUCCGUGUGCUGGAAAGCAUCUUUUGCGAUGAGAUCAUCAGCUAAAAAUAAGUGAAACAAGUUCAAGUUCAGGCAAAAGGAGGAGAAAGUCAGAGAAAGAGAAUAAAAGAGUGAGCACCAGAGAGCUCCUGGUGUUUCGCCUUUUGAUCUGUUGGAUCAUCAUCUGCCAUGAACUUAAAAGAACUCCCCUCGUCUUCAGGUCUUCAGCUGAAAAAUUGAGUUUGUGAGCAGCCUUCAAAUGGCUUAAGGAGCUUUGGAAGAUGUUCAGCUGGAGCAGAGGACAAGAAGGACAACCAUUUUUAAUCAGCUGUGAAUCAUCAAUUAGAGUGACUAAUCCUCUUUGCUUGCAAUGCUGCAGGAAUGUGGUACAGAUUUGCCCCUGUUAUCAACAUUAUAAAUAAAUUAAUCAACAUGCAUAUAAAGUCUAAAUCGUAGACACUAAGUUAUUGGGUUUAUCCUCGGUGGUAAGACGUUAGGUGUUGUGUGCAUCAUUACUUCUUAAUGUUUCUUACAGGUUACUUAAGCCUAGUGAAAUUCAACCCACACUCAUGCCAGUAGUCCAGACUGUAAACCUUAUCCUCACACUGUACCAUGAUUAUUAAGAUGAGAGCUGCUGUUAGUGCUAAUUAAACCAAGGACUAUUCUAACAGUGCUGUUGCAGAGGAGGCGGGGUGGAAGCAGCGAAGAGCUAGGUGUGUCGCCUCAUAGUAUGGCUCCAUUCUGAGAGCUCCCUGCCCUUCUGUGUGCUUAUGUGGAGGGGGAAAAGUCUGCAGCAGGGAGAGCACACCUCCCCUCUGUUUCAGGUGCAUACAUGAAAAGCCAAAGCAGGGAGAGCAGCAGCAAAAAAACUGACAACUCAAGUGCAAUAGAUUUGACUUGAGAAAUUAAAUUUAUUAACAAUGUGAGAUUCUGAGCAGAUUGAUUCAAACAACUAAAAUCCAAGAAAGAAAGUGCAUAUUUUGAGUUUGUUUGUGUGUAUGUAAUAGGAACAAGUUGCCUCUGUAUCUGUAAAUGUAUUUAUUAUAAUUUAAAGCAAAGGAGUCCUAAACAGAGACAAUAAGUAACCACACGAUGAGAGGACGUUAGUGACCUUUUCAAGACAGCUGAGUCAACCAGCUGCGAUGCUGCGUGCUCACACAGUCUGACCUGUUUGUUUAAAGUUGUGCUCUCUUUAAAAUAUUAUUCUGCAUAUGUAAUCCUCUGACUGUGUUCACAGUUCUCAACACAGAAAUGAAACACUGUUGCUGUUAUUAAUUUGCCUCCAGCUGCAUUAAAUAUUUAACCACCCCGAUCCAUGUCUGUCUGUUCUUCUGCCUCCAUCUCUCUUUCUCUCACCAUCUCCCUUUUGUCCUGUCUGUCCUUUGUUUUGUUUAUACCCUAAACUUAGGGACGAGGUGACCAAACUCAAGUUUGAAGCAAAGACAUUCCAUAUAUAUGCAAAUCAGAAGGAGGUAUGUGGAUGCAUUAUUAAAAAGUUCACUCUCUAGCCUUUGGAGCCCAGGAAGUUAAAUGAGGUUAGGCUUGUUUUAUGCAGCGAGACUCUGCCACUGUGAAGCCAGUGUAAUCUCUUCUUAAUAGAGAAGCAAAUGUAAAAUGAUAGGAUAAAAAUGUGGUUAGCCAUGUGAUUUAAGAGACAAGAGAGCAAAGUAGAGCUAAGGUUUGUCGCAAAGAGCUCAGUGAGUCUGCGGGAAAAGACUGCAGACCAUUUCUUUGAAACAGGCAUCAAGAGCCUGGUUAAAGCCUGAUUUAUAGACGGAAAGUUUGUUUGCAGCACUGAACCUGACUCGUUACAGGAUAGGAAGAUUAUACUGACAUACUUUGCACCUACACCUGAGGCCUGUAAGCAUCUGUGGAAGUGUGGCGUGGAGAAUCAGGCCUUUUACAAGUAAGUCACAACACAGAGACACAAAACUCAACAUCAGUCCACUUACUUUUCUGACAAUGGUGAUAAUAUUUUCGAUUUCCAUCUAUUUAAAGGUUGGAAAAGUCUAGUCAAGUCCGCACUGUGUCCAGUAGUAAUCUCUUCUUCAAGGGUAGUCGCUUUAGAUACAGGUAAUGGCUACUCUGAUUGACAGAUUGAGUUUGUAUACUAAGAACGAAACUGUCUUGAUAAACCAGGUCUGUCAGUGUAGCAGAGUCGUGCUUGUUUGACUGUGACACUUUCACUUUUCUCUUUGUUUUGAUAGUGGAAAGGUUGCAAAAGAGGUAAUGGAACAAAGUGCCAAAAUUAAGAGGGACCCUCCUGAAAUACACAGGUAAAAAUUAAUAUCCUACCAGCAGCCUUAUAAUGAUUCACUUGUAUAUGUGUCACUUCAUGUGUCUGUGGGUGUGUGUGGCAUUUCUUCAGGGCUGGUAUGGUGCCAAGCAGGAGCUGUCCAUCCAUCACCCACGGUCCUCGUUUGACCAGUGUACCCAGGACCAGACGGAGAGCCGUGCACAUUUCUAUCAUGGAGGGUGAGAAACACACUCCAAAUAAUACUGCGUUUAAAAAUGAGUCUGAUCUGAGCUCAGGGGUUCAAAUCCUCACUCUCUCUGAUAAUAUCUGGGCUGCAUAAGUAACCAAAAAACCAACUCUCAGUAUGAAGCAGGUCUCUCACUGUGAUGGUGUUUCUGCACAAAUGUACGUGAACUGACACUUUAUCCUAAACAACCAGAUUAAAACAUACUGGUCUGAGUAGAUCUCAAAAUAAUGUAAACUUGCUGAUGCCCAAAGCAGACGCUGCUAUACUGUUUAUUUGAUAUGAGGCCAUCAAACAGUUUUUACAUGACCUGAUAGAUACGGGGUGUAAAUACUGAAAGAAUGAGAACAAGAAGACUAAUAUUGCUGUUUAAAAUAACUUUUCACUGGUGAAUUAUGUCAAAAUCUUUUAUUCAACAUAUAAAAUGAGUUGAAAUGUAAUAAUAAUAAUAAACCCGAUGUCUACACGUAUCCUUGUACGCAUAUACAGGAGGACUUAAACAGGUCAUAAACGUGAACAGUCCCACACUUCUGAGCCUCACUCUGUCCUCUUCCUCUUCAUUUUGUGUGAUAGCUGUGUUUUCCCCUCUCAGAUGUGCUCUCUCUGUAACAGACUCCAAACACACUCUUCAGGACAGCCCAUCAGCCUGUGGCCUCAGUGGUUAUUUUGACAUGAGGAAGUCAUCCUCUCUGUUUAUAAAGGCCACUCACUGCCCCCUUCAUCCUCCAACAGGCCAUUAACCUUUUGUCAGAGCUGCCACCAUGAGUAGUUGGUCUCUCAGUUGACUAGCCUGGCUUACAUUUAAUAAACUUAAAACCCAGCCUGUUCCUGAUUUUACAAAGAAGUUAUUUUGUCAAACUAGCCCCCCUCUGGUCUUUGACACUGAAAGCAGGCUCUGAUAUUGGACCCCCACUGUUGUAGCACGGAAACAAACCUCCUGUGUUUUGUCCUGUCGCUCACGCUGCGCUGGUAUUUCCACUGUAAUAAUAUCUCAGGCUGAAAAUAGCUCCGCUGUCAGGGGCUGUGGCAUGUGUGCCACCGCUGACAGCGGGGAGGGGACGAGGUGAACUGUGGCACAAGUGGACCACAUUCCUGGGCCUUGUCUUUCACUCUGUGUCUCUCUGUCUCUCUGUCUUUCUUAUUCUGUUCAUGUGCUGGAGUGAGGAAGCUCACUGUGAGAGCAGCUUAUCAAGCCAGUCAGAGACAGAGAAGAAGACCGACCAUUUUUAAGAAAGUAAAAAGAUCCUAAAGAGCUCAGAGAAAGAAGGUUAGGAAUUGGUUAGGUGUAGACUCGUGGUUUUUUCUUCUCUUUGAACCAUGGUGAAGUGUUUGAUCAAGAUCAAGACCAAAGUGAACGUCCAUCUGCGUAUGAUCAACCAUUGUUAUCGAGAUGUGAAUGUUCGCGUACUAUCUCUGGGACCCCGGCUGCUGGGUAGAGUUUUGGGGGUCCUGCCGCUUUUCCCCGCUAUCUCUGGAGGUUCCUCCACUUCAGGCUCUGGUUCUGGGUCUGGACAGAGCUCCAGGACCCCUUCUAGGCUUGCUGUCCCACCCCAAGUUUAUGGAUGCAGCUCACCAGCCCACAGUGCAGGUAAAAAAAAAAAGAAAGGCUAGUUGUAUUGUGGAGGAUUUUAGUCUGCUGCUCUUUGUGGCUUUUGAAAGAUUCAUCUUCAGGUUGGCGAAAUUUUCUUUUGUGUUCCUACGAGAAACUUUGUAGUUGAAUAACACAUCAAAAUGUUUAUGUUGUUAGGGUCUUGUGUAGUGAUAUCAAAGCUAAGGAUUUACAUUAUCCUCUCUCCAAAGAGGAUCAGGUAUCAGUUCUGAGAGGACAUAGGACAUGGAGACUCUGAGCUCAGAGAUGCCUCCAAAAUAUUUGUGAGGACAGUGAUGACAGGACGACAGGAUCAUGUUCCCAAACAAGGUCAUCGAAGGAAAGACAUUUAAAACAAGUUAUUCUCUGACAUGUCAGAAUAAAUGAUUCAGGCAGUUUUUAAACAGAGUAAGGUACGCUUGAAAUUUCUAGUUUUUUUAUUUGAUUUGAUAAUUUUAUGUAAGUGUCAUACACCAAAAUUGGUGUAGUAGUCCUACAGUAGAGGCUCAAAGUCAAAGAGACUGAACAUAUUUACCCUAAAACAUCCUCUGUGAAAAAUGAUCUGUGUACUCACAUCUGUCAUCAAUGUUUUUUUUUCACUUAACUGAAAAAAGUAUUUAAUCAUACCAGAUAUAUUGACCUGACAUGUACAGAUAUAUAUAUCUUAUUUCAAGACAGCCAAAAAUAAGUCCUUACAAUGUGCUUUAUAUUAAGUGUAACGAGAUGCUGUGAUGUACUGUGAGCAAGUUUGGUUGAACACACUGUGUGCUGUUUAUGUUCUGCUGGUGUAACGGAGUCAACAAACAGCUUUUUAUAAGUGCAACUAACCAAUAUCAGCAAUCAAUCAAUCAGCCAGUUCGACUUCAUUUAUAAAGCACUUUUCAUGCGACCAUAAUGUAACACAGAGUGCUGCACACAAACAGAAAUGAGUAAUAAAAUAAAACAAAUACAUGAAAAAGACCCGUCACCCCACAACUCCCAUUCAUCCAUGUACAAGGUAAAGAGCCUGCAAUGAAUAUGAGAACCAGUACAAACAGGAGCGGAUGAACUAAGACAGCACUAUCAUGAGGUCUAAAUAAGAUCAAUGCGAAUGUAAAUGAUAGAAGUGUUUUAAUAUAGAAUAAGGUAAUAAAACACUAAAAGAUCAUCUGUUUAACUCAACACCAAUAAUAUAUCAUUUGUAUGUAAAAACAUUUGUAUGCAAGUUAAUAAAUAGAGAUAUAAAUAAUAAAAUUGGGUUAAAUUUGAGACUAAAAGGUGGUCUUCAGUUUGCUUUUGAAAAUAUUGAUUCUCUGUGCUGCCCUCAGGUAUUCAGGUACACUCUUACAUGCACACAGACCAUAAUAACAAAAGGCUGCUUCACCGCAGGUCUUUGUCUAGACUUUUGGCACCAUCAAAGGACCAAUACCUGAGGACCUGAGGGCUCUCCCAGGCUCAUAAGUUAAAAGCAAUUUCAUAAAUAGGUCGGAGCUUGACCAUGGAGAGAUUUAUGAACCAGUAAAAGAUCCUAAAAUCCAUUCUACAAGAAACUGGAAGGCAAUACAGAAACUUUAAAAAUGAUAUAAUGUGGGCUCUCUCUCUGAUCUUUGCGGCUGAGUUUUGGAGAAGUCAAACCUGGAAAUGUUCUUUUUGGGGAGACCAGAAAGAGGAGAGUUAAAAAGUCAAUAUGGAAAGCGAUGACAGUGUGAGCUAGUGUCCCUGCAAUGGCUUGAGAAAAUAACCGCUGAUAGUGCUCUUCCAGUAAAAAUGUGCCUUUUUAAAUAAUACCUCUAAUUUGUGACUCAAAGCUGGAGUCUGGAUUUUCCCGCUGAUAUUGAAAAACAGUGCUUAAAAUUUGCAUGUAGUUCCUCUUUCUGCCCACUAUCACCACUGACUAAAAACUUAGUUUUGUCCUGGUUGAGCUGAACAAAGUUCUCCACCAUUCAUGACUCAGUAUCAUAAGAUAGAGAUAAAAAGGAUGUCCAUCGUGGGUCAUCAGAAAAUGGAAGUUUAGAGCAGUGUGUCAUCUGCAUAGAAAUAUAGCUUGCAGUCUCAUUUGACAGUAAUGAGAUAAAAACACACUGUCAUAUUUAAGUUUUUGCUGUUUUCUUCUGAGUUAGUAAACAGAAAAUCAAGUAAAGUUUGAGAAUUAAGUCUUUAAGUCUUUCAAUAUAAAGAUCAGCUUCAAAUCCUUGGUGUGUUUUUCCUCGUCACUAACAUCAGUAUAAGAAUGGUCAAAGUACAGAGUUCCCUUUCACUGUGAAAAGCCCUUACGAGAAUAUCUCCCAGAUAUGAAAUGCAGUUCUCAAGUUUUCCUUCGCUUUUUCUGUCAGGUCUGGAGUCCCUUCGAGACAGCGCCCACUCCACACCUGUUCGUUCCGUCUCCCAUGGCGACUCCUUCAUGUCUUCUCGGGGCCAGAUGGUGGAUGGCAGCGAGGCAAGCACAUCGGCAGUCAUCUCAGACGAGGCCUACAGCCCCUCAGACAGCGUGCUGCCCACACCUGUGGCAGAACACGGCAUGGAGAUGGCGUCUGCUCGACACUUGAACGGCGCUCCCUGCAGCAUUGAUGAGGAAAAGGAGUCACAGGCGGGGACAUCAAAAGAGGGACAGGGGACAGAGUUUUCUGGCAGGAGGGGACUGCGCGUGGGGAAAGGCAAGCAGUCUUCAUCGAGUGAUGUGGAGGAGCUGAACAAGUUCAUCCUGAGUGUCUUACGUCUGUUCCUGGUCACCAUCGGACUGCUGUUUGUCCUGCUGCUGCUCCUCAUCAUGCUCACAGAGUCAGACCUGGACAUUGCCUUCCUGAGAGACAUCCGUAAGACGCCUGAAUUCCAGCAGUUCCACUUUGAAUACUUCUGCCCUCUUCGGCGCUGGUUCGCCUGUAAGCUACGAUGGAUGGGAGGUUUCCUCAUCAGCAAGUGAGGCAGAAAUGCAGAGACUGGAGGACACACAACACAAGUCUCCACUGAUGGAGACACGAAAAAACUGACAGGUCAGGAGAAAGAGAAUGGAAAGGAUGGCAACCCAAGUCCAAAUAUGAAACCAACUUCUCCCAGAAUGAAGUUCCUGUCAAAAGCCACGGACUGUCCCCUGAAAAUCCUGGUGUAACAUGUUUGACCAUCACUGCGAGGAAGAAAACCACAUUUUACUUUGGAAUUCAGGUCAUUUCAAGGCGUUUUAUUUUUACGGAAAAUCACAGUUACAGGGUUUCAUCCGAACAGACUUCACUUCUUCAACCACAGAUAAUAGUUGCCUUUAUUUUUGUAUUAAAUUAUAUGUUGCAACAUUGUUGUAAAGGGGAAAGAAGAGUGUGAUGCGUCGGGGUGUGUGUUGUGUGACUUGAGAGUCUGAGUAAAGUUCGGAGAGAGAGGCCAUUGUAGCUCAUCCGAUUUCCAUACUUCAAAGCAAAUAACUAUAUUCAUUUGGAUAAAUGUUAUUAUGGCCGCUGCUGUGAGAUUGGAGACUGCUGUUUGAGUUGUGCUGGAAUCAGGGGGUCAGAGAAAGUGUGAAAUGAGAAACCAAGCAGCACUUAUUGAAUGUAUACAUCCCCGAGUCGAAGGAUUUUCUCUUUGUGUUAAAGAAAAGUUCUUACAUAUCCAUAAAACCUGACACAAGUGAGUGAGAAAAGCACCUUGAAAACCUAUCUGAGUUGUCCUGGUGUUGCCCUACAUUUGUUUUAUUAAAUGCUAAGAAUUAGUUGCAGUAGCUGACCCAGGGCUGUUAGAUUUAAUAAUUAUUUUUGUAUUGAGUGUGACUUUAUUUGUGGCCAGAUGUCUUUUAAACGUCAGCGCUUAUGACGCCACGUCUGUCCUGCAAAGCUUCAUCAUCCACUGACUUUAAAUUAAGACGAAACUGUAAGGCUAUAAGGAGGUGGUAACUUUACUGACUUUACCAUAGGAGCCAAAUAAUGCUAAUAGCUACAAUCAGCUGUGUCAGGAAGUGUCGUCCCUUCGCUGUAGUUUCUUUUACAGUAGUUAUAAACAGGGUGGGACUAUGUGAGCUAGCACUGUAGUGAUAGUGAAGUGUUUGGGUAGAUCUUUGACUCCUGCACUCCGUAGAAGGAGUUUACCUUUGAUGUGCAAUACUGUUAGUAGUAAAAAGCCAAGAUCCUUUUCAUUAAGGAGAAUUUGACCUUGUUUGACCUUUGUUAAGUGCAAAAAUGAGUGUUAUUUCCCCCCCAGCAUACAGUUAAUGAGCUUGUUUUGGUUGAAGAGCCAUGCUAAGUGAAGGUAAUAUAUCUUUGUUUUGCCCUGCUGUUAUAGGACUUUUGCGUCUCUCUGUGAACCGUGAAUAUAUGUCAACUAUGUUCCCAUUUCUGUAAAAAAAAAAACUUGAAAACUCAUCUCGACAUAGAUUUCCUCGCAGUGACUCUGAAUGCACAUGAAACGUUAUUUUUUUUCAGCCCUGCUUAUAAGAGAGCUUAAGAUGAGUCGUGUUUACGUCCUACUGCGAUUUGCUUCAUCACGCCUACCAAAGAAACCUCUGUCGUCUGAUGUUUGUGUCGGUUUGCGUCAACAGAUGGACUCUGUAGAUAGCCAGCUGUCCUCCUCCAGCCUUAUUAUCAAGUAUGUGUUAUUUUACCUGCAGUGUGUCUUUACAGCACAGAGAAAUCAACAGCUUUAGUAUACGAGUCGGUCUGUGACUGUUGGUCUUUCGAACAAUCUUUCAAGUAGCUAGUUAGACUGUGCAUAUGUCAGUGUGUGCCAGUGGAAAUGUUGGCUGGUCACUAAUCAAAUAGAUGUGUUGAUGUGGAGGAGAAAAGUGAUUGGCUGAGGGCUAAGCGGAAAGGAGGUGCCAGUGUGGGCGGUCGGAAAGUUACUUCAAGAAUAGCUGUCUCCUUUUAUAAAGUUAAAUUGUGAAAGAAAACUUAAAGAAUUAAACAUCUUACUUUAAGUGAUUACUUUUUGUACCAUACUGAUGAUUUCAGAUUCAGAAACACUCAUAUAUGUACAUUUAUGGCUGGUUUUCAUAAGGUACUUGCUCUUAUUCAGACUGUGAUCGAUGGUUUUUGAUUGAUGUUGUUGGUGGAAGGGGAUCAUGUAUGAAGCAAAAGUCUAGACAGGUACGGAUUGACCUUCUACUUCCUGUAAUUUGUACUUUAUUAUAAGACCUAUUUGUAGUUCCUAUGUAUAAAGAAAGAACAAAAUUUAAGCAAUAAAUAUAACAGGUAAUGAAUGAGUUUAAAUAACAAUUAACUGUAAACUAAUGUUUCUACAAAAUGACUUUUGAAUCCCAACAGCAGGUACACCAGCCUGUAGAUGCAUGUGUUCAGGGAGUGGUGCCUGAGACCUGGAAACCCACAGUCUGAAAGAUUUCUCUGCUAUGUGUCAUAUCAAGAAGGGAUGUCUGUUCAUUUGAUUUAUCUUUGUGUUUUUCAGUCCUGCUUUUCAGACUUUGUAGAGAUGGAGUCUGUGUUUAUUUCUGUGUGAAAAUAUAUGUGAACGAUCUCAACACAUACAACAGAGGAGGCAUUUUUCCUCGACUCUAGAUUUUUGUUUCUUCGCUUUUUUGUUCCUGAAGCAGAAGUAGCAGACUUAACUACCUGACUCUUUCUGUCUUGCGGUGCAGUUCUGUUUUUGGUAUCAUUAUUUGUUUCUGAUCACUUGAACCUGCAGUGAUAAUGAAGGGUGACAGCUCUACUGACAGGCAUCUCUUGUACUCAUUUUACUGAUUCAUGUAAACAGGAACAAGGUUCAGAUGUAAACGUCCUUCCUGUAACAUGGCCCUGCACAAGGAGAUGUCUCUGUAAGCAUGUGUUCUGCAUUUAUUACCUCCCGACGAGACUGCUUAUUUCCAAUCACUCACUGGAGACUGGUGUAAUCUAUUUAUGAAUAAAUAUAAUCUAUUCUUGACAUCUGGCAGCCAGUGUGGCCACAAAUUCAAUCGUAAAUUCACCAAAAAUAAACAGUCAACACCAGCACACACACACUGGUCUUUCUGUCCCAUGGUAAUAUGCUACAAUGCUGCCAUCUUGUGGUGAAAGUGGAAAAACAGCCGCUGUAAUUAACAAAACUGACACUUAAAAUGUUUUGUUAAAAAAUCUCCAUAUUUAUUGUUUUUGCUUCAGUAGCUACAGGUACAAACUUAAACAUAUAAAAAAAAAAACAAACGCAACCUUCUAUCAGGAACUUUAACAAUGAAGCCCUUUCAACUAAAAUACACAGAUAUCCCAUAUAAAGGAGCUGCUCUGGUUUCUCUUUAAGACUUCGGGAAUUUGAGAAGCUGAUGGUGCAGGAAGUAUCAAAAGGAGUUUUAUGAAAUAUGUGAAAAACCUCGUCACAUUUACCGCCAGGGUCUGUUCUGUGUUCUCU